UUUGAUUAGUAUAUUUAUUUUGUGUCAUGCUACGGCUUGUUACAGUCUCGCUGUACAUUGAUGGACAAACUACCAUUACAAAGCAGUAUUUGUGUGACGCUGAUUAAAGCUCCUGUGAAGAGCUUUGAAUUUGCCGAUUUUUGGGCCUCUGUGGUCAGUGUGAUACCUCAGCUUGUCGCAGACAUGGUGCUUCUUUUUUCUCGAUUCACAGUCUUAUAGCUCGUAGCCUUGUUUUCCUUUAAAGAAGCAUCAGUAUCAAUCCAAAUCCUUAACACAACCAGCUUAAAAUGCCUCACAGGGACUUUAAGUCUUGUCAAAAGAGGCGAGAGCAUCAACCUAAAAGCAACAUGUCCUACAUCCUGUGUCCCACAUCUUCCUCUCUGAGGAGCAAAGACAGAUAACCCAGAGGAAGGAGACUGCCAGGAAGAACAAUGAGAGUUUAAUGGAAGAGAGUUAAAUCCUGUCAAGUCAUUCAGUGCAACAGAAAACAUUUACACUAGUUAAGAUAUAAGCUUCUUACAGGCCUAAAAAGACACAUUUUUACAAGGAUACAACCAUUAAAGUUAGAUUGUGUGGAGUCAGGGGAUGUUUUGUGCUUAAAAUGAAUAAAUCAGAAUCGUAAACUUAUUUUGGCUUUACCAUGAUUGUAAUUUGGCAUCUAGCAGCAUGCUUUUAUGGCCUUGUGUGACACCUACCCUCCUGUAGUGGUUUAUGUCAUUUAAAAUUAAUACCUAGAAAUACCCAUGCUACUUCUUGGUGAUUGUAUUUGCUUUUCCAGCUUAUGUUAAGGCAUCCAUAUUAAUAUCAGUCAGUUUUAUAGCCAUUUAAAAACUCUUACAGGAGCUUUACUUAUACACAGUCCUUUAAUUUUGAGUUGUAUAACUCACCAAAUUGUUUUUAUGUGAUAUUUUAGAUCACUGUGAAACAUUUAAAAGGCUAGAAGAAAUUAUUAUUAUUAUUAUUAUUAUUAUUAUUAUUAUUAUUAUUAUUAUUAUUAUUAUUAUUAUUAUUAUUUUCAUGAACCCCUGGGAAAAAAGGCAAAAAUUAAAGAAACUGGAAUCAGAUGAACAUUUUGAAUUUUCCUGGAGAAUUUUCUCAAAAAAACACAAAUUAUAACAUUUAAGUACAUUUAUUUACUCCUAUUGCUUUACAUGGCUCAUUAUUUCUGCUCCAAAACAGCAUCAAACAACAAAAGCGUCUUCAAAGAGUCAUGAUGUAGUAACUUUGAUCUCUUUUCUGACAGACAGAUCUUUUAUAGAGUCCUGCUUCUUUUUUCGGUCGCUGUAUCUGGUCCGCUGCCAAAUAUACCUCACUUUUCUGUUUCUAUUCCUACUACACCCUAUCUAUUUGUCUGUCUUUGUUUACCUGUCACACUGUAUUUAUACUCUUUCAAAAGCUGGGUUAGAUCCCUGAGAGCUGUAGUACAAACAGGCUGAAAGAGAGUAAGAGAAAGAGAGAGUCUGGCCCGAGGAGGCAAGUGAGUGUCUGGGGUAGCAUGGUUAGAGUGCUGGACUUUGGCAUGGGCCGUCCAUCUGUCACUUUCUUUACACCCUCUCUCUGGUACCAACAGGUCAUGGCAACGGCAGCUUGUGACGGAUGACUAAUGUUCCCUUGGUAAUGAAUGAGACACCACCCUCUGAAUGCCAAAUGGGGGUGCUGCUGGUGGUGGGGAGGGUGGCCUUCCCACUGGCAAACACAGAAAUCAUAUGAGGGGUGAUGAAUAGUAUGCAGGCAUGUUGGUAUCCCAUGUGUGUGCCAGGCAAACACUGUGAAGCUGCCAGAUUGGGAGGAUCUAUUAAGAAAUUUGUGAAUCAGGCUCAUUUAAAUACUGUAUUAUAAUAAUCAAAUCAAUUAAUUCUGAUUAUCUCCUUUUGGAAUGAAGACAGGAAAGGGAAGAGCAUAAUUGAAUGAGUUUAUGUUAAAAAAAAAUCCAAUCAAGCAGGCUGUAAUGAUGGAAACACGCCAUGUGUAGGAGGACAAGAAAAGAACAUUGCCAUAACAGAUGAUGUACGUACAGCUCUGUGGAAAAGAGAGCUCUGCAGCUCACAGUCAAAUCGUCUUGACUGUGCGUUGAGUAGCUCAGACCUGUCUUAUCUUCACCUCAUAAUGCGCAGGCGUGAUCCUAUCUGAGCCCCGAAAAAAAAAAGAAAAAAGCUUUUAGACGUCGUGUGCGCUGCUCUCCUUGAAGCGAACGCACAACAUUUGAGAGGUUUCUCUUGCGGGAGCUCAUAAAAAAGAAGAGAAGAAAUGAAGGUGUGUUUGGAAGGUGAGCUCCUCGAACAGAACAAUUCAACCUGUGGAUAGUGUGCGGAGCGCGUCCGUAGCCACCGGUCAGUCUAUAUACAGGCGAUCCGGGACGCUCUGCUUCCAGCCUGCUGUGCUGUUUGUGCGCGUCUUCUUCUCUCCGGGAUCCGGUUGUGUUCCGUUUGACCUAAGGCUGUGAGCAGGUUCAGUUUAUGAAUGGCACUGACAUGGAGGAAAUACCGUUUCAGAAAGUCAAAACCAGGCGGAAGAGAAGUCACUGUCCACCGGGCGUCCCUCUGACCACCAUCGUGUGCGAGGACGAGUUCGACUGCAAAGAGCUCGAGUCCCUCUUCCAGAACUACAACCUGAAGCUGGAGCAGACCUCCACCUUAAAAGCCCUGGCUGUGCUCAUCUUCAUGUCCUCCACACUGGCCGUGGUGGAGUUGCUGUCCGGCCCCAGUCUCACCAUCUCCAAGGGGUCCCAUCCGGUGCACUGUGUCAUCUUCGUGUCCCUCUUCAUCGUUACGAACGUGAAGUACCUGCAGGUGACUCAGCUCCAGCAAAUCGUCAACCUGACUCUGCUCUUUGGCUUCACCUUCUCUUUCCUCUGCUGCCCCUUCUCGCUGGGUGCGAUGGGGAUGGAGCCUCCGGAGUCCCCGGAGCAGGGCAUGUGGCAGCUCAUCCUGGUCACCUUCGUCGCCUACGCGCUCCUACCUGUGCGGACUCUACUGGCUGUGGUGCUGGGAAUAAUGGUGUCCAUCUCCCAUUUGAUAGUGACUGCCACUUCUGUCACAGUGAAGACACAAAAACUAUGGAGAACGGUAUGUAUAUGUGUUUUGAUUGGUUUCUAAAGAUGUUUUUUUAAUCUAUUUGUUGGUGUUUUAAUCUCAUUAUAUGAAUUUAAUCCACAUAAACAAACAGUAUGAAGGCAUAAAAAGGGGCUGUCACAGAGAAACAAUAUUAAGACUCCCGUUCAGCACCAAGGACAGCUCCCCAUGGUUAGACUUGAUGGGAUUUGCUCAGACUCGGAUCAAAUUUGACACAUGGAUAAUUCUGCUAAGAACAGUUUUUCUUACAAAAAAAAGUAAUCUCAUGACAAUAAAAAGAAGCAUAAAAGAACUUCAAAUGAGUUAUUUGAUCUGAAUGACUUGAAGUGAGACAAUUUUGCUUCUAGUUUAAUUUAAACACUCAAAAUACCACAGAUAGAAGUAAUCGUACAAGUUAAAAACCUCAAGUAGAAUAAGAAAUAUUUGCUAUGAUAUGAAUGCCUGUGUUGGUGAAUACCUGUGAGCUCCAAAAAUGAAUAAAAACAAACAGAGAGGGGAAAAAAUGAAUGAGCAAAAACAGUCUGCAUGUGCCUGUUUUUUUCCCCCUGUGGAUGUGAUUCAGUUCCCAAAGGAUCUGUCUGGGAAUGGGGAAGCAGAGUGACAUCCUGCAAGCACAAGAAGUAGGGCAAACAGAGGGGCGCAAACACGCACACACACAAUACACACAAAUACACACAACACACUUUUGCCUCACUAUAUGAUUCAGUUAUGAAAAAGAGGGCAAAGUCAUGCAUGCCAUUCCCAGAGCUGAAAUAUAAAUUGGUACAGCACUCUCUGUACUUUUACAUCUUUGUACCUUUCUCUGUCUCACUCAAACACACACAAACACACACACAGACACACACACACGCACAUUCAUAUUUCCGACUGUCAUCAGGUGUGAGGAGAGAAGAUAUGUCACAUCAGUCAAGCCCUCCAGGGGUAAUGGAACAUUUCUGCCUCAGCCUCAGUGCAGCACAUGACGUGAAGAUUGUGCAUUUCUUGGAAAUUGAGAUGUGAUCAGUUCAUCAUCGCCCCUGGACGGUGACAGUGGUAUUUGCAGGGGAGAUUGUUUUCCCCCGACUGUAUUUAGGGUAUGUGAUACCUGCAUAGCCAUGUGAAGGACAGUGUUAGCUGUACUACCAGAGAUAGCUAAUCCAUUAAGCUUAGAGAUGAGCUGUGUGGCAUGACCCCGAACGGCCCGGGCCUGCACCAACCACCUACCUGGGUCCCAGGCACUCGAGCUACAGAGUUGCUCAGUCUACCUAUAACACCAUGUUAUACCGGAGAGGGGUCGUGGAGAAUUAUACUUGAAAUAUAGUUUAUUUUGAAGUUGAACGGGGCUUUUGUUGUCUGGUGGAGCAAUGAUAGAAAAUGUUUCACAUGGGAUUUAUCUGUGAUUACACCUGGGCUAGAUUUGAAAAUAGAUGAAGCGGCAAGAGGGGAACAUUUACAUAUCCUAAACCAGUGGUUUUCAACUGGUCUCACUCUGGGAUCCACAUUUUCCCAUGGUCCUUAAGUCGCAACCCACUUUUAUAAAAUUAAAACCAAGCAAAUUUAUUUUUAUUAAAAAAAAAAACCUUUAAGGACUCAAAUCUUGAACAUAAAUACACCCAUUUUAUUGAGUAAAGUGCAUUUCAGAGCACAUGAACUGAGGACGACAACUACUAAAGUUGCGUAUACAGAAAAUAUCAGAUAUCAAAUUGCACAAAAUAAAGACAAAAACAAACAAACAAGUAUUUUUACUGCAUUCAGGCCACAUUAAUGAGAAACCGUGGAGGACCACGACACAAGACAUGCCUUUCAAAAUGAGCUAUUUUUCAAAAUAAAACACAUGUCAAUCAUCCGAUGUGCAUUAAAUAUUUACUUUUUGACCAGCUGUUUGUGACCCAUCCACAAUGUGUCUGCGACCCACUUUUGGGUCGGGAACCACCAGUUGAGAACCACUGUCCUAAACCAUACUUGGAAUUUAGAGACAGAGGAUGGUGUUUUAGGAAAACUUUAAAAUACAGUUAAACUCAUCUUUAGAACAAAACUUUAAACUAAAAAAACACUUAUUUAUUUACUGUCAUUUACAAUGUAUUCAGUCCCAGUGUGUCUUUAUUUGAGCCAUUUUCAUUAUGUCAGAGUAUAACUGUAAAUAAAAGCACUGAUUUAAUAAUACAGGUGUGCAUUAACCCCCUUUAAGAUCAUUGAAAAUAAUGAUUAAUGUGAUAUGAAGGUUGUCAUUUCCUCAUACUGAAAGAGUAGAGGGAGCAGAAAGAAUAAAUGGACUGAAUGAUGGUCAGAUUUUGGCAAAGCAAACAGAAGAGUGAGUGUUUUUUUUACACCACUCCACUCACACACGUCCACAUUCACUAACCAAAGGCUGCAAAGUAACUCGAGCAUCGUGUGAACGUGUCGAACCUCACCAGCUCUGAUGCUGAGCACAAAGGAGGACUGCUGCUGCCAGAAACAGUCUUUUCAAGGCAAUCCAUUUUUUUCAUCGUGCAGGGAAACAUGCCAGUCUGUGGCAAUAGGAGUUUGUUAAAUGUGAAAGGCAGUGUGCAUAUGAUAUAAAGCUUUGACAGUGUAUUUAUGACGCUCACAAAUGCACCAAAGUUACUCUCUACUGUUACAGUUGAAGUGUAAUUUGUUAUAGCUUUUCUUGAGGUCAAAUGUGCUCAAGAGUGGACUCCACUUGUAGGAAACACUCAUGAUGAAUGGCCCAGGAUAAGAAGAGAAUAAAUUCCCUCUAUUUUCCCCUUAAGAAUGCAUAAUUACUCUGCAGGGUGACAGCCUGCUGGUGUUCAGUUUAAAGGUGAACACAGGACUUUGUUUGGUUUGUGUACAAAGUCAGAGCCAGCCGGAUUCAGUGGAGUAGAAAAAAAAACAAAAAACAACACUUUUUCUUUGUGUCCUGCCCAAGGUUAAAGCAGUCAUGCUGCGGUGCGUCUGCUGUGAUGGAUGAACGGGAGCAUGGAUCCUCAAAUGUUUUAGUGUCGCUGACUUCGUAAUCGACCCACCACUGUCUCCUCCAUCUGUCAUACAGGAGGGUGUUUGUUGUUGUUGUGGUUUAGUUUGUAAAAAAGUAAAAAUACCAUAAAAAAGAUAAUUAUGUGAUAUGAGUUUCGGCAAGAAGGUCAAUAUAAUAUUAAUCCUUGUACGUGGAUGCAUGUAGAAAUACAGUGAUAAAAUCUACUCUAAUCGUAUUAUAGCUUUCACAAACCGUGGUUCAGGCCCUCGAGUGUGUAGAAGAUGUUCUUUUAUCGGUAUUAACAUGCACCAAAGGAUUAACAGUUCCCUUAUACAGACAGACACAAACAAACAACCCCUGAUAUCUGUAAAUAUAUAUAUUUAUUACUUACUGCAUGAAAAUGAAAAAAUUCUUUGCAGUUUUCAUAUAUAAAGUUAACAACAAAAAGAAAAACACUCACAAGACUUCCUAUAUGUGUGUUUUUGUGUGUCUUUUUUCUUCGCAGUUGGUUGCCAACACAGUGCUGUUCACCAGUGUCAACCUGUCAGGCCUGUUUGUGCGCAUCCUGACAGAACGAGCCCAGAGGAAGGCCUUCCUGCAGGCGCGCAACUGCAUCGAAGAGAGGCUACGCAUGGAGGACGAGAACGAGAAACAGGUACAGGCACCUGUGCUGAAAGGAUUUCAAAAAAAGAUGUGUGUCCCUUUUUUCCUCCUCUCCGACCCCCCUCCCUCCCUCCCUCUUGUGAGUCAUUUCGACACAUUAUUAACAUUAUUCAUUACUGUUAGAUUUCAUGCCUUUUUGUCUCGCACAUUUCUUAUCUCUACUAACACUUUGUCCUGUAAUAACUUUGCUGUUUUUGACUCUAUCAAUGUAAAUUUGAACUUUUUUUUCUUAUUUUUUUUUAUCUCUCUCUGUUCCAAUAUACACCAACACACACACACACAUAGGAGCGCCUGUUAAUGAGCCUGUUGCCCAGGAAUGUAGCUAUGGAGAUGAAAGAGGAUUUCCUGAAGCCACCAGAAAGGAUCUUUCACAAAAUCUACAUCCAGCGCCAUGACAAUGUCAGGUAGGAUGCUCGCAACAAAACAAGCAAACUAAAGAAUCCACUUAAAAAAUCAUGCUGCCUUUCUUUAGCGCUGGAGUUUGAAGGCUCUGUUUUCCUCAUGGGAGUAUUUCCCUCUGAGUUUGUGGCUAAAGCAUCGUCAGAGCCUAUUACAGCUCUGACAAUGCCUGCGCAAGUAAUUUUGACCUGUGGAAGUCACGCUUCUUGACAAAGUCUCAUCCUGCUUUAUUUAGCAGUCACAGAAAUGAUUUUUCAAGAAUGUGUGUCUCUGAAAAUGUUGGACAAAAGGUUGUUUUGGAAGCACGCAGUCGACCAAGAAGUUUGACAGCUACCUCCCAGCAGCACCAAGAUAAUCCGUCCUUAUGCUGAUGGUUUUGUAGGUCAGCGUUUUUAGUUUCAUUGUAAUUCCUAAAAGCUCCUCACUGGAGCUUCAACUAAACAUAUGAGAGCUACACAGUGUAGUUUGGUCUAGGGCUACAAAAUACGUCACAAAUUUAUCAGUUGCCAUUAUCUUGAUUCAUAGCCUGUCCACUUUAUUUGUCUGAGGGAGGCCUGGGUGUUAUGGCCACGCUUUUAACACUGUUUUGCUGCAGUGAAGCAAAGCUUAAGUCAGCUAAACUCAGGUUAAUACGUAAUAAUUUAGUAAUAGUAAAACUGCUCUUUGGGUGUCAUGAGGGCCUGAAUCAGAUUUGCUGGUAAAGUUCAUAAGAAAUGUUGGUAAUACUUUAUUUGACACCUAUCCCUAUAACACAUUAUAAAUAUAUGUAUAAUGUGUUAUAAUCACAUUAUAGCACUGUAUAACUAUAGUUAUAAACACUCAUAAAUGAUCAGAAUGCUUUCUAGCAAUAAUCAUAACACAUCAUAAAGCAUUUUAUCAUGACUUACAAGGUCAGGUAUUAUAAUGUGUUACAACUGUUAACAACUCACUGACAAUGCCCACAUAGAUAAUGCAAUGCAACUGUUAUAACACAUUAUACAUAUAUUUAUAAUGUGUUAUAGAGAUAGCCGUCAAAUAACGUGUUACCAAAAUGUUUUGUCUUCUUAAAGGAAAACACCAAAUCUGACCAAAUAUGAACCUAAAAUACAAAAAACACACCAGGCUGCUGAAUGAGAAGUAUUUGAUUUAUUACAUUGUUUAUCAAGGGUUAGCCUCUGACUUAUUUGUUUGUUGUCUUUCCUUAAAUUAAAAUCCUCCUUGCAAAGACAUGAUGUUGCACAUCCUAUUGAUAGAAAAUUGGUGGAGAGAUUCAGUGUGAGCUUGAGGAUGAGACCCCAGAAGUAUGGGCUGGUCAUCAUAUCUCAGGGGCCCCUGAUGUAAAUAGGAUUUGAAAGUUUAGACUCUUGUAAAGGCAGUGUAAGCUAUCAUCUGACACACCAAUGCAAUGCCCUGCAAAUCAUUCUAAUUUAUGGUAACUCUAUGGCUAUUGAAUCCCAACUACAUCCCAACUUCUUUGGAAAGGAGCAAACAAAUCGUCUCAGAGCGGGUUGUGCUUUAAAUCUAGCGAUUAGUACUUUUUAAUUUGAAACAAAAUGAUUUUGCAAUCAGUUUAAAACAAUCUAGGAAAUUCUCUAGAAACCCUGAUGUUUGAGUAAACCGCCUCCUUCUCGCCUUUCAAUUAUCCUCUUCUUCUUUCCUGGCAAUUUUGACACAGCACUUCCUUCCAGCACACAAACCAGAAGUUAAUGAGUUUUUUUCUUGGGUUUGUUGGCGCAGCUAAUGUCUGAAUGCCUUUUAUCUGUGUCAGGCUGCUGAUUAACAAAGUGCGCUGUGGUUUUUCAGAUGCAUUACACAAGAAAACUAACAAAACCGCAAUAGUGCAACAGAUAAGUUAAAGCCUGGAAGAAUUAUAAAGCAAUGAGUCAAACAUAACAGAAGUCACACUGCUGCAGAAUCACACCUGCUGGUGUUAUUGUCAUUUGUUGUAUUACUGUAUUAUUAUUACAGAUUAUGUAAGCAGUGUUUUAGGACUGAGCUAAUCAAGACAGAGUUACUUUGACCAUAGUUUGAUAGUUUAUCCCAAAGAAACAGACCUUGAGUGCUUAUUUUGUAUAUUGAUACUUUUUUUUUAUAUGGUAAAGCCCGUACAUUAGUGUGGAGUGACAAAAUCAUAGACUGUCUAUAGAAUGGACGCCAUCUGCCUCCUCACUCGGGUGAAGCUACCCCAAGAACAGCACCCUCUGGUAACAGGCUGCAGUAUAGGUCAUAAAUCCCGCCUCCUCCAGCGAUCCCUAUGGAGCUGUGGACAAACUUAAGAAAUUUAUUACACAGAAUAUAAUUUUUUCUCCCCCCUGCUUACGACAUUGACACGUAAUUACUGUAAGACUGGUUUGUGCUCAAGUCCUCUUUUUUUCUGUACACCUCUGUUUUUAAAAAGUUAUUAGGGGGUUCAAGUUUUCUAUGAUUGACACUUGAUACAGCCUAUGGGCGUACAAAGAUUGAGUAGCUCACCCGGGGGAAAAGCUGUUUUAGCCGAGCAUCAUCACAGCGACUCUCGGUGACUCUUCCGCCAAAUGCGCACAAUGCUACUGUGCAAGUGGUGAAGUGCGUACAAUGCUACUGCACAAUGUUGGUUUCAGGAAAUGGAGAAAAAACGCGGAAAUACAGAGAGCUUUUGACUUCAAAUCCGUAUAUUGGCGGAAGGCAGAACCAAGUUGUCCAUAGUAUAUACAGUCUAUGGAUAGAGCUCAUGCUUUUGUCAAUAAUCAACUGUUUAAGUUUCGCACUUUGCUGUCUGAUACCUGCAGCUGUGUUUGGCUAAACUGACCUUGGACCCUUUGUUGAUAACCUGUGGCUGACCAGUGCUCUACUCCCUCCUGUUUAUAAGUCCACUCUUUUUAGUGCUUCCUUUCCUCAUCAUCACAUUUUCAGCAUCUUCUCUCCCUCCGUUCUUGGAGCAGCAGGGAAACUUGAGGAGCAGAGUUUGCUUAGCCUCGGGAUUAAGCUGCUGCUGGGGAUUAAAUGCAAUGGAGACUAAAUUCGUGUUGCAUAAUCGUGAGUGUGUACGCGCCUGCUGUGGUUAAAUAUGGACACAUCUCAGUGGAGCUGUGCUGAUUGCUUUUGUGCCUUGAACUGCUUCAGAUAGUACCACCCUUUGAGAGUGAUCUACAUUGGGUGCUGACAUGAUUUAUGUGAUAUGGAUGGGGUGUAAUUAGAAAGUAAACAGUGUGUGCUGCACAAUAUAAUGAGAGUUUUCUUCAUUAUUUUCUGAGAGGAGGGGUUGUGUUUAAGCUGAUUAAAAUCAAGCCAGAAGGGUAUUGUAGUAAUUAUCAACAAAGUAACAAUGAAAUAAAACUAAUACAAAAUUGCAAAGGUGCGUUUUGUUCAACUAAAUAUCGGGGACUUUCUCUUCUUGUCAUAACUUACGUAUUGUUAGAUGUUGUAACCAUAAACUUUAACAGAACGGGAAUUAGCUGCAAACCCGUAAGAGUACAUCUCCACUGGUUGCAAAAAAAGAGCAGAUUUUAUGAAACCAUAUGUUUCAUGAACGGUGUGAGGUUCGUUUGAUGAUCUAUUAGCCAAUAGUAGUUUCCUUCCAAAGGCGGCUAGGUUCAGCCUCAGCAAGAGGGUCAGGGGCUCUAACAUCUGGAGGGUACUCCUUCACAUCAAAAUGAGACAUUUGAGGUGGUUUGGAGUUCUGAUUAGGAUGCCUCAGAGACAACGCCAUUUGGAGGAUAGCCAGGCACAUCCAGAUGGGAGGACACCCCUGUGUAGUUGCAGAGUUCGCUGGAGGGACUUUAAGUCCCAUCUGGGCUGGGAACGCCCUGGAAUGCCUGAGGAGGAGCUGGAAAAAGUUGACAGAAGAGGGAUGUCAUGCAGGGUCGACUUGCUUAGACCGCUGUCACUGAAUUGACCUUUAGUCGAGAUAUGGUUACAUUACCAAUAACCAAAUAUGAGGCAGCCUUCAAGCAGAACACAAUCGAUGGGUGAAGUCUCAGUGGCUACUUUGACUUGACUUUAACUUGACAUUAUGUGAUUGCAACUGAUAUCCUUAUCAUGAAACAGUUGUACAUGUUAUAAUUACCAGCAGCUAGGGUGCUAUCCUCUUAAUGAAGGCAUGAAAAGCCUCCCAAAUGACCAGUAAUUAUCUCAAAGUUUUUCAUUUAGCUCUUAUGAAAAACACUUGACAUUUUAUAUGAAUCAUUUCAUGAGAGAACUUUUUAUAAAUUUGGCAGCUUUCAAUCGUCCUUUUCAUUCACAAAUAUUUCCAUCUAUUUUGUUCACACAUCCUCAUAUGCACCAGAAAAUGGAAUUUAAAAAUAAAUUUAACUUGUCAGGAUGCUGAGGGGUUCGGGAAUCAGUAGACAAGUGUUGCAACAGAGUCAGACCUUCAAAAGAGCUUCUGAAGUGACUAAAAGAGGCAGCCAGUGAGUACGACUCAAAUGUGAUAACAUUGGCUGGGCUCCUAAAACAACAGAAUAAUCCAAGCACAACCUGCCUCCAAAGCUAUUCUGAUUAGCGGGACUCAGGCUCAAGUCUGAUCACCCAGAGGCUUGCCACCUCGUGGGGAGGAGUUUCAUGUUGUCCAGGGCCAAAAUAGAUGUUGAUUUAGACGUGCAUCACUCUUGAUGUGUCCCUGCUGUUUUCAGGAAUGCCUGUUGAAACACCAACAUAAAAACUUUUAUCUCAUUGCCCCAACAUGGUGCUUGUAGCAAUUCAAAUUUAUUACAAAUGUCUGAAGAUUAAUAAUCUUAAAUUAUGACAUUUAUUAUAAAUUUAAAUCACUACAGAAUUAUUUUGGUGCCCCGUGUGAGGCAUUAUUUAGCGAUGGAGUCAGUUUGAAAGGUAAUAAAAACUCUGUCUCUGUUCUCCAAAUUGACCAAUCAUGAAGAGCCAGAGGUUUAGGUCAACCUCCGAUAGGGUCAGUUGGGUAACCUGAAAGUGCAAACAAGUCUGGAAAGAUUUAUAUUAUCCUGUGUCCUGGGACCAGAUAAGGGACCUUUCCUGCGAGGAAUGAGUGGGUUUCACACAUAAGGUUGUCUUGAUGCUACAGUGCUCUACUUCCUCACUGUUGUUGUCAUAAGUUUACCCUUCUAAAAUCUGCUGUAAGCACCUUGCUACCACACCCUAUUAACCUGAUGUCAGCACAUACACUGCCCCCAUACUGCAGCUCUCCAGAAGGGCCUAUCCAGAGUUAACCCUUGAGUUGGCACGUGGCUCAUGUGCUUCUGCUGUGUGAUCAAAUUGAAAUCACAUCUGCCAAAAUAGCUCCAGUAAUUCCUCCUCCUCCUCUUCCUCCAGAGGGAAACAGGAAGUGAACAUAAUUGGGGGAAUAACUUUUCUUGAAAAUGUGCCGUUGGAGAGGGAGUAAUGGAUGAGGGUGAGAAGGGGGUAGACAAUAUGAGAUAUUAGGCAGGUAUUGGUUACCAAGGGAGAAAUUAUCUUCAUAUUUUAUUGCUUAGAGGUGUGGCACUGUGGAUGAUGAACUGAGCUAGAGACGGAGAGCUUUGACCUUAAGCAGUGAAUCUUGUACAGUACAGUGUAACAGCUGGAGCCAGAGUCAUUCUCAGCUGUAGCCAAGAAGCUACAGGGUUUGUUUUGAUGGUUUUGCUAGAAGACAUCCAAAAUCUGUGACAGAGGUUCACAGCCUGAGCUCUCUGGGCUCCCCGACGCUCCAACACAUGAAAACAGGAUGCCGUCAUGGUGAAAUAACUAAAAUAUGUGUUGAAAUAACAGUCAAAAUUUAUGCACACUUUAAAAACUCUAGUUUCUAACAAAUACUUUAGGUUUGUUUGUAUGCAUUCUGAACACAGGUAUUUAAAGAAAACAUUGGAUUUAUAUGAAAAGUGAAAUCAAUAUAGAUUCCUCAGAAGUCCUCAGAACAAGUGGUAACACAUUACUUGACGCCUAUCUCUGUAACGCAUUAUAAAUAUAUGUAUAAUGCAUUAUAAUCAUGUUGUAGCACUGUAUAACUAUAGUUAUAAACACUCAUAAAUGAUCAUAAUGCUUUAUAGCAAUAAUCAUAACAAAUUAAAAAGCAUUCUAUCAUGAUUAACAAGGUUAAGUAUUAUAAUGUGUUAUGCUUAUUGUUAUAAAGCCUCGUGAUAAUUAAUGAGUGUUUAUAAUGAUAGUAUUAAGUAUUAAGUCACGUAUUUAAGCAAAUUAUAACACAUCAUAAUAUGUAUAAUGCAUUAUCUAUGCAGGCAUUGUCAGUGAGUUGUUAACAGUUAUAACACAUUAUAAUACCUGACCUUGUAAGUCAUGAUAAAAUACUUAAUAAUGUGUUAUGAUUAUUGCUAAAAAGCAUUUUGAUCAUUUAUAAGUGUUUAUAACUAUAGUUAUACAGUGUUAUAAUGUGAUUAUAAUGCAUUAUACAUAUAUUUAUUAUGCCUUAUAGAGAUAGGUGUCAAAUAAAGUGUUACCGAACAAGCUGCUCAUGUUAAGAAGUCCCUUUAAUUGACAUAUUUUUCAGCUGAAUAAGCAGAAAUCAUGCUAUAAUUUAACAUCCCAUGACUUGUAAAACGUGCUAAUGGCAAAACUGUUCAUCAGUGCUGCUCUUUGUUAAAAGAGGAUGCCCCCCACUGUUAUAUGACAUUAAUUUUCUGCAGCUUUACAAACCAGACUUUGAGAAAUUUCGUCCAAGUUUUCCUCAGAGUGCCUCGAUUUGUUCUGUCCUCUUGCAUUUUUUUCCUACAAGGCCAUUUUCAAAGGUGCAGUGCUAUUAUGCUCUAGACCAGGCACAGACCUCAUGCUCUGUGCAUGCUGGAGACAAUGCUGUGCAUGUGGCUUACAUGAGGUGAACACUGACCAAAAAUAACUGAGUGUAACAAAGUUCACAUGGAGUCAUGGGAGAGCAGAGUGCAUGCAGUGGGACGCUCUCAGCAGAGUGUCAUGGGUGUUUUCUCAGCUAAUGCACAGUCACAUGAAGGUACUGAAGUCUAGCUUUAUUUUUGCCUUUACGCAGAAAUUUUUACAAGUAUGGAUUGGUUGUACCUGACAGAAUGACAGCAGUACUGGAGUGUUUGUUGUGUCAGUGGAUUUUAAAGAUACGGUGCAAUGAAAGAGUAGUAGGAUGGGAAUCAAGGGAUGAUAAUGAAUGGGUUGUAAUUCAAACUAGAAGAUGAGCAGCACCUUGCCACAGAGUGUGUCACUUUUUUUUCUUUUUUUUUUUCUUUUCCCAGAUACCAACUAAAACCAUAAACAAGUUGGCACCGAAAAAUAAUUCAGAUAAUAUUGGAGGGAGGGGUUGUGUGCUUUUAUUUGAGAAGAUAGGACAGGUGAUCAAGCAGAAAUCAAGGGGAAAGAGCAGGAGUGACAUGUAGUAGCCUGUUGGAAAGGGGCCACGCUGAAAUCGAACCAGGCCACGAGUUUGAGGAAGCCUCAGUACAUUAGGCAUCCGUACAAACGUCCCAGCCAACGGUGCCCUGAUUCGAUUGAUUAUAAUAGGAUUUAUUAAGACAGCUAAAUGCACGUUUCCUCACAGGUGGUGGUGCCUCUGUGGUAACAGAUUCUUAUCAGCCUCCUUACCGGACAAAAUGACAUUAAACUAAACAUUUAGAUUAGCCUGUUCAGCCUGUUUAUUUUUAACAUUCAUUUUAAGCUGACUAUUUCAGCUGAAGGUAUUGUAAAACAUGGUGAACAGGACCUCUGUGUGAACAUAUGUUGACGUUUCCAUCAGUUUUCAUUCAGCCUCCACUCUUCUCUGAUUGAUGCACCAUAAAACAUAACACAAAAGUCCCUUUCUCGACAUCUUCUUUUAUUAUCGUCAUUACAACCAAUGGUUUAAGUGAAGUUACUUUAUCAGUAACUUAAAGAUGCACUCGUCAGCUCUGUAGCCGUUGCCUCGAUUGAUGGUUGAGGCCCAUUAGCUUACCAGGCGGCUCUUACAUUUGUCCACGCUGUCUGUCUUUAUUUCCCUGACCCUCAAGACCAAGACCUUAGGCCAAAACUACUAUUUCACUUUUUCUUCCUACAGUGUUAAUAGGCAGAGGGGACAUGUGUUGGAUUGCAGGUUGAAUUAAUAUCGUGUUUGUAGCCUGGUUGACCCAGACAUCGCUUUAUGUCAAGAGGUUUGACCGAUCAGAAUCAACUAUUAUGCCAUUAGCAGGUCACUUCUCAUGGGAAUUCACAGAUUGUUGUAAAGUAAUAAAAUCAGAAAAGAAAAGUCUGUGUUAAAGCUUUUGCUAUUUAAUUGGAAGGAGAGGUGUAGCUCUUGAGGUGCAAGUUGUUGCGUAGAUUCCAGACAGGUGUGAAGAUGAGACAGAUAACAGAUCAGGUAUAGGUACACCCAGGAGACACACAGACAGACAGACAGACAAGGAGGAGGAGAAAACGAUCACCUGACCAUUUAGUACUUCUAUUUUUAAUGCACUAAGUUGCCUAUUAGCCCAUAUACACUAUGCCAGCUGGCUUUAAAGUACUGACUACAGCUGAGACUUUAAAGUUCAUUGCACCCUCAGCUUGUCUGAGUUAUAAUUUUGGUCCUUUUAAGGCAACGAAGAAACUGAGACUUUAGGGGGAGCGCGGUUAAACUCUUACAGCCGCUCAUUCAGGAUAGUUAGCUUACAUUUUAAAUAGUUGCGAACAGGAGAAGAGAAAUACCUGUAUCAACUUCCACAAGAGCAGGGUUAUAUUCCCACUCAUUAUGUCAACAUCUGCCAGACUGAAAAUUGACAUUUAGCAGCUUCCCUUUCAAGAUUCAGCACUCUGUCACACUGUGAAGAGUCCAGCCCACAUGAGAGCCGAAGACAUGCAAGUUGUCUGGGACAGUCAGUGUUUGAUGACUAAUCCCCUUCACACCCAGAACUCAGGGCAAAUCCUUCAUGGGAAAAGUUGCUGUUCUGCUCUGGUGCAGAUUGAUAAUGUGUUGUCUGUUAGAAAGAGAGGAGGAACAAUGUUCAAAACAAGCAACACAGGGGUUGUUUUUAAGUUUUAGGAGGCUAGAGGAAUCAUAAAACCAACACCAAUCACAUUACGACAAAAAAGGCACGGCAGAAAAAACAAAAAAAUUGAGUCCUCCACAUAUGGAGAAAUAGUAGUGCAACAAUAGUGCUGUCUUAUGAUUCUUGUGAGGAUGAAACUACUGAGGGAUAUAUAUUGGCGGAAACAUUUUCAAAUAUCUAGGGAGGGAUGUAUUGAAGUAUUAUACCAACACUCAAAGGCGUGCAUUUCCUUUCAGUCCAAAAAAAGAUGAUGCAAGAUUAUGCAAGCAGUGCGAACUUAGCUGGGAACUGCAAAUACAUGAAAGCUGAUAAUGAUUUGGCUUGCUGAUACUUCUGGUUCCCCUGACAGAUUUCCAUUUUGUCUAAUUAAGGCCGGAGCAAUCAAAGCUGUCUAAAUAUUGUGAAGGCACUUUAUCACCACAGAGGUAUGAACAGAAACAACCAAGAGGCCCGCCACAGAUUCUUUAAAAUCUUCUGAAUCAGCUGUUUUAUUGGUGUCAAAUGAACAUCAAAGUAGAACAUUUGAGUUUAAGUCAUCUACAGUCGUGUAUUAUGUUAAUGAACUCUACUGUAUACCAGCCUAGCACAGGGUGACCAUACAUCCUCUUUUACCCGGACGUGCCCUCUUUUUAUAUAGUUUCGAUUUUGUGUCAUGUGGACUUCCACUGCUCCUCCACGUCGAGAGGAGUCAGCUGAGGUGGCUCGGGCAUCUAGCUAGGUUGCCCUCUUGACGCCUCCCGUUAGAGGUGUUCCGGACAUGUCCCACCGGGAGGAGACCUCGUGGCUGGCUUAAGACCAGGUGGAGGGAUUAUAUCUCUUGCCUGGCCUGGGAGCACCUGGGAAUCCCCCCGGAGGGACCCAGAUAAGCGGAAGAAAACGACGACAAUAACGUCACGUUGACCUACUGAGUUAGAAGCGUAUAAAAGACACCCGAUCCGACCCGAAAAACUCUCAAAAUUAACUUUAUGUGACUCAGUGACUCCGCUCCCGCAUAGUCGUAUCCUCUUUUUGGGAAGUCAGAAUAUAGCCACCCUAGCCUAGCAUCCGACUGCUAAACUAUACACUUUCUCAGGAUGGUUGCACGUUAAUGGCUUGGCAUGACAUAGCCUUUACUCCUUGCUGCAAAUUUGAUCUAUUGUUGCAUAAAAAAAGAAACUUUGCUGCUUGAGUACAAAAUUCCCACUUAAUCAAACUGUAAGAUUGUCAGAACAGCUCAGUGAUAUGUUUUUGGAUCUGUGGAGUUUGAUAUGUUUUCAAACCUUUUCAAAUCUUUAACCUAAAUCGGCGAUGUCCUUAAAAAAUACAAAUUCCAACAUGCAGCCUGGAAACAUUCAGCCUGUCACAUAACUAAGAUAUGCACCAAAAAUAUAAAAUUUAGUAUAUAUGGUCCUUAUUGGGUAAGAAGCUCCAUCUUUGGGUGUGGGAUUCAGGUCCUGAUACAUGCAAAAAAAGCAAAUCCACAAGAAACCACUCUGGUGAUACGGGGCUAAAUAACAGGCUAACACUUGAAAUGCAGCGGCCUAGCUUUCUAAUGUAUACAUUAAGCCAUUUUACCAUGAAAUUAGCUGCCACGGUAGCUAAUUUAAUCUAGAGGCUCUAAACUGGCGUGUGAGCUAAUUUGGUGAUGCCCGGCUCAAUAAUUAGCAAACACUUGGAAGAUGAACACUUAGCUUGUUAUUGUCAACAUGAGCUUACAUCAAGUUGCCGCACAGUAAUGCACAGAAAAGCAUAGUAUUGAUGCCACUAUGUGUGAUUUAACAAUGUAUUUCAGAUAUGCAACAUGUAAACAAACAGCCUAACUAUAUGACAUGCAUCCUGAUCCAUCGUGACUGCUCUGCUGUUAAGUGACACUGAAUUGUGAUGAUGAUUCUGGCUUAGCUGCAGAAGAAACUCAUUCCUCUUUCAUGCAUUUUGCAGUUAAGACAAGGCACAACAGAGGUGUAACAGUCUCACAUUGAGCAGGCAAUGCAAAAAGACGACCGAUUUCAACUUGACUGAACUGUUUGCUCGUUUAAUUUCACGAGUCAUCAACAGCUCUCGCACACUCAGUGGGACCCUGUCCAUUAAAAAGAACAUUUCUCUUCUCUGAUAGUGAUUUUCUUUUUGUGUGGUUUAUUGGCAAAAUAACAUUACAACCUGUGAAAAAAGGUGAUAUCAGUGACAUAGAGACAAGUAGGUAAUCCUUUACUUGACGCCACAAAAUGCAUUAUAAAUAUAUGUAUAAUGCAUUAUAAUCACAUUAUAGCACUGUAUAGCAUAGUUAUAAACACUCAUAAAUGAUCAUAAUGCUUUAUAGCAAUAAUCACAACACAUUAUAAAGCAUUUUAUCAUGACUUACAAGGUCAGGUAUUAUAAUGUGUUAUGACUGGUAACAACUCAUUGACUAUGCCCACAAAGAUAAUGCAUCAUUAAGUGUUGCAAUUUGCUCAUAAACUUGUAUAGCUAUUAUUAUAAACACUCAUUAAUUAUCAUAAGGCUUUAUAACAGUAAGCGCAACACAUUAUCUGAGUAUCUAAGUAAAGUAUACACAUCAUAAAUAUAUGUUUAAUGAAUUAUCUAUGUGGGCAUUGUCAGUGAGUUGUUAACAGUUAUAACAUAUAAAAACUGCCUUUGUAAGUCAUGAUAAAAUGCUUUAUAAUUUGUUAUGAUUAUUGCUAUAAAGCAUUAUGAUCAUUUAUGAGUGUUUAUAACUAUAGUUAUACAGUGCUAUAACGUGAUUAUAAUGCAUUAUACAUAUAUUCAUAAUGUGUUAUAGAGAUAGGCGUCAAGUAAAGUGUUACCAACAGGUAUUCAGACAAACAAUAUAUACGACUAAACAUUUACAAAAAAAAAAAAAAAAAAAGUAUGCCAACAAAAAUGGUUUGAGUUAAAGAUUAAUUGUGAAUGUAGUUUGGAUUUUACCCUCUUCCCUUCCUUCCUCUUUGGGCCCUAAUCAUAAAUGCAGUAAAAACUAAAGAGAGAAAGGGGAUAUUAGAUCAAUAAAUACCACUCUUGAGAAAAAAAGACCAACACUAGCAGUUGUUUUCUGACUACAUCGUGCCAAAGUCAGACAAAAACAACCUCAGGAUGUGAUGCUUUCUUGAAAACAAAAACUUUGUAUUUAACACACUUCGAAUCUAACUUUUAGGAGAGAUUACGCAUUCACCUGGUGACGAUGACAGCACCUUGAUGGUUGCAUUAACCUAGCACAGUUCCAGACCAGCCCCUAACAGGACACGUCUCCACCUUCAUCCCCAUGAGAUCGCUCCUGCUGCUAUUUUGAGUUUCUCUGCAUGACUGCGCUGCCAGUCAGUUUAAGAACACAGGCUUCUCCUUCUGUUUUUUUUUUUUUUAUAUCUGCUGCUGGAGGUCAUUAUUUUGGAUGUUUAGCGACUUAGCUGCUAACAUUUUAUAAAGAGAGAACAUGCACAAUCUUCUGCUAAGGAUGCCAUUUAAAGCAAAUUCCUGAAAACUAAUCUGAUAAAGCAUCUGGUAAUCUUGUUUGCUUCAUACUGUGUGAUAUGCUGCAGUAAAUCAUACAUUCUGACUCUAAUACCUCUUUUUUUUCUGUCUGUGUUUCAGCAUCCUGUUUGCAGAUAUCGUGGGUUUCACCAGCCUGGCAUCACAGUGCACAGCGCAGGAACUGGUUAAACUGCUCAAUGAGCUGUUUGGAAAGUUUGAUGAGCUUGCCACGGUGAGUCUGCUUCACUUCACUGAACACAUAUGCUUCAAUUAUAGUCCACGCUGGCAUAAAAAGCUGCUCCCUCCCCCUCUCUGUGUGCACACUAUGUCCCAACUCAAGUGUGUGUUAGUUCUGCUUUGGCCACAGACAGACUACUGGCACAUGCCACUAUUGUUCCACUCUGGAAUGAUGUCAAAGUGCAUACUAGAGGCCAUAUGAUGCUUAAUAUGAUUAUCCAGGGCUUCAUUUGAGGAAAAGUUGAGAGACCUCUUUAAUCUGGGCCAGACUUACCCAGAGAUAAACCUCUCCUUGAUGUUGGCUGUUUGCAUGAACUUCAUGAAGGGAGUACUGAGAUGUCCUUGUCCCGUGAAUCUCUCUUUGUUUGCAUGUGAAAAAGAUUUCAGCUCUCCCAUCUGUCAAUAUUUCACUCUUUCUCUUCGGUGCCGACAAUCCGCUCAACUUUUUGCUGUGAAUUUGAUCGCUGCCGUUAAUCUAGUUAUUUUCAAAUGUGAGGCCACUGUUGACGUGUUGUGAAAUUAAAGGUGCCAGAGUGAGUUUUUGCUUUUAGUUAAUCCAAGAACUUCUCCGGAGAAAGUGUGAUAUCACUACCCGUCCAAGAGUGUGCUAUCUGCUGGCAUAAAUGGUAUUUUUGUUGGUGAGAAGGUCGAGCCCCUGCAGAUCACCCUGCUGCAGCCUUAUCUACAUGUAAUCUGGCCUCUAUUACUUACACCAGGCACAUGCCCUCGUCAAAUCCAUUAAUCCACAGGAUUACAACUAACCCUUUUUUGCUUUCAUAGAAGGUAUUACUUGGCCAUGUUGACAGCUUCUAUUUUUAACUUGUAUGUUUACAGGCCAAAAUUAGAACAGACUAAAAAGAGGGUGCUUCUCAUUUGAACUCUCAUUAUCAAAUAACUGUCAUUAGCUUUUUAAUUAAUUAGGAUCAGUCGCCAUACUUGGCUCUCUCUGUUUUGUAUGUCAGCUGGAGUCUGCCUUUAUUCUUCUGAAAUGAGCCCAUUACCCUGUGAUGCUGCAGCCAAAACCGUGCACAGACUGUACAGAGAAUGGACUUGCCACUGUGAUGAUGAGCAUUGGUUCAUAUUCAGCCUUUUUAAAGCCUCAGAUUGGGCAUGUUACUAUUUUGAGCCAGAGGGUCUAAAAAGUCCUAGUCGUAGGGUGGAGCCGGACACAACAAAGUAUUCAAAGCUAGACAAUGACCUAGUUAAAGGUGGGGUAGGCAGGAAUCUGUUAAAGAAGCAUCUUUUUUUGUGGUGUUUAUACAAAAAAGCUUUCAAUAUCAGUCAAUAGCUGUUAGUUAGUGAUGAGAUUUGGGAAUAUAACGAUAUCGCUGUGUCUUGUUAUGUCUGUGUAGUCAACAUUUUAAAUUUUUUGAGGGGCCUGCUCUUUCUGACUGUAAACAAAGCCAUUCUCCGCCUCCUCCAACCUGAUUGGUUGUGAGGCAGACGCUGCUCCCUCGUGUUAUGAGGCACGCUCCACGUCCUCGAAAAAUGUGCAACAGCCCCAAAAAAGUUAGCGUGCUACAAUAUCGGACAGUAGAAACCAACCAGAUAGUAUGGGAAAUUGUCUGAAUCCUCCUUUGGCCACAACUGCCAACACAAGCAAGAAAAUGAAGUAAAUACCGGAGACUCUGGCAGAAUAACGGGUGCUUAAAACAGAGGUAGAGCUAAAAAGCUUUGGGAUCUCACGGACCCUGUAACCUUUCUGCUGGACAGGUAAACCGCUUUAACAAAAUAAGCCAAGUGUCUGUAACAGAAGUGUUUCUUGUCAAACGGGACCUGCUGUGUGUUGUAGCGCUGCUAAACUGCUAACCUUGGGUCCGUGAGUAUGUCACUUUAUCCUCGUAUCCUUCAAACAUUGUGUUUGCUAGUAGUCUGUUGGCAUCUACAGUAGCACCAAUGCUUUUUACUUUCACGUUGACUGGGCCCCAUUUGUAAUUAUCUGAAGUAUUUAUCUGCAUUAUAUCUGAAUCUAAUUGGAUAUGAGCGAGCAGGUGCGUCUGUUUGUGGGCAGGGCUUGCUGGAGCAGAGAGGGAGGGGAGAGGAGGAGCUGAGGGGAAAACUGGUUGGGAGGGGUAGUGUUUACAUUCAAGAUUUCUCUCAAAAACUGGCAAGAAUCUGUUUGUAUUUAUGGUGAAAGGCACGUAUCCCAAACUAACCAAGAUCCUUACCACCAAGUUAUGCUCUCUUCUCUGGUGAGGAAGUCAAACAAGAGUCCUGAAUUUACCUGUAUGAGCUCUGUCAAUAAAUUACAGGAAUGUAAUGCCGAAUUUUACUCUUGAAGAAAGAGAGGUUAGAGUUUCUGUAAAGUCAGGUAUUACCAUCAAGUCAAUAGGCUUUGAAAGUUAAUGAGGAAUUAAAUGAGUCAUUUGUUCUCCCAUCUCUCACGGCAGUAAUGGCUGUAACACAUGCUGUUAAAAGCUUCAUCAGCUUUGUUUAUGUUGUGUUUUGAGCUGUGUCAGGUUUUCUUUUUUUUGCCUACAACUGAAUAAAAUUGUCUCAUCUUGUCUUGGCGGUUUGCUGGGAUUCUUGUGUGACACUCAAAGGCUUUCCCCGGCCGUGAAAGUUGUCAUCAAAUGUUCUCCUCUUGCCCUGCCCUGACCAGAAGCCCACUCACUCUGAUCCACUUUGGCAGGAAGUGGCAGUGCCAGUGACUCAUAGCUGUGGUCACUGUGGGCACACAGGCUCUUCUCGUUCCAUACGAAGAGCGGGCGAUGCCACAUGGCCACUGGGCAUCAUCUCAUGAUCCGUUUCCAGCACCAUCCCCACACCACCUGUCCACUCUUUGGACUUGUCAAGCAGCAUGGGAAGUGGGCCAGGAACGCAGUGUACUCCUCAAGUGCUGUUGAUGUAGUAGACCGAGGCUCCUUGCUUCUCUUCUCUUCUCUUCUCUUCUCUUCUCAUCUCUGCUCUUCUCUUCUUUUCUUCUCUUCUUCUCUUCUUCUCUGCGUCUCUUCCUCUUUUCACUAGUCCUUUCUUUUUUUCACUACAAAUGUAGAUUUAAGACAGCAAAUAUGAGCCAACUUUUCCCAGAAACCUUUCAUUUCAUUCAACCAGCAUGAGUGAGUAGCUGAUAAAUUCACAACAGUAUCUCAAGAUAAUGGGAAACACUAUAAUAACUAUCUAUUAACUAACUAGUUAAUAGAUCAUUAGUACACUGUUAAUUAAUGAGUUAUUAAUGACUUGUUAAGUGUUUGUUAUCAGUUUGUUAAGGAUUUAUAUUAAUGCCUAUAGAUAGUUAAUAUACCAUUAAUAAACUGUUAGUAAUUAGGUAUAGAUGAUUUAACUAAUGAUUUAACUGAAUUAACUAACAGUUUAUUAAUGAGAUAUUAACUAUCUUUAAGGUAUCAUUAUAACGCCUUAACAAACUGUUAAACACUUAACAAGUCAUUAAUAACUCAGUAAUUAACAGUUUACUAAUGAUCUAUUAACUAGUUGUAAUGGAUAGUUAUUAAGUGUUACCAGAUAAGGUUACAGAAACUUAAAAAGACAAAAAACAGAAACUGCUGGACUCAAAGUUUGUAAGAUCACUGACAAUCAACCACAUUUACUGGUAAUGAUUGACUGGCAGUGAUCUUUAUUAUAGGUAUAAAUAAAUUAAAAAAAAAAAAGCUGAAGAAGAUAAGACACGUCAUGAAAGUUCCUAUUAGGAAUUUUUUGACAUUUAUAAAAUAGACUGAAAUAUGUAUUAAUGCCCUUUAAUGCUAUAAGAAUUCAAACAAGAACAUCAAGUCAAGACUGAGUGUUUUUUAUAUCCUUAUUUUUAUUGUCUUAAACCUGUGUGAGGGGGUAGGUCCAUGCUUUUCAGCUGAUGAAACUGCCCGAAGUCAGCAAGCUUAGACUUUUAUCUUAAGUAACGGCUCAGGCAAGAUCAACAAAGACUGCUUUGUCCACAGGUGGCGCCAAAAUUGAGAGAAACCAAAAGUUCCUUGCAGGAGCUUUAGUCCUUCGUGUUAGCUAAGAGGACCCUGAAACCACUGUCUCUUUUCUAGGGGUGUCCUGCAACAAUAUAGGGACUGAAUUAAAUAAAAGCCUAUUGUAAAAACACAGAUAGGGAUGAUACAUAUUUAUAUACACAUAAACAAACUUGUAAACACCAGCCAGAAACCCAUUUGUGUGCUUCAAAACACAACUAGUAAGGUAUAAUAUAGAGUGAAUAGGUAAUUAUGAGGGGUCUUGGCCCACCCUGUGACACUGUUAUGAUUUAAUGUCAAGUGUAAGAUCAGGUUGUCGGUGGUGCCACUUUUGUUGUUGAGGAUAGAAACAACAGGAAACAGGGAUUUAAUACUGCCAGGUAAUGAUUUGCUUUUGCAGUAGAUGGAAUAAAGCAAAAAUUCAGAAGUAGAUAAACAGGCAAGGUCUAACACAACCUACUGAUGAAGUUCUGAUCACUCUUAAAAACCUGUCUCCAUCACCCCCUCCUACAAAUACACGAUUGCUUCCAACAACAACAACGAAAAAAUAUGUGGCAGAGUGAACAUUUUACUUUGGCGCCACUUUGUUUUGUUUAUUAAAACUGAAGGAGUUGAAACACCGUGUACCCGCUGCAGAGAUAGCAGGCUACAGUAUGAGAUGUACAUUAGGAAAUGUAAAAAAUAGUCUUUCCCUCCUGGUCUGUGCCAUAUUAAGAAGGGGCCAGCUUGAAAAUUGAAGUUUACAGGAAACCCACUCACACUGAUCAGUAUUUGCUGUUUGAGUCCCACCACCCACAUGAACACAAGCUGGGAGUAAUUAUAACUCUUCACCAGCAGGCUGAGAAUCUGAAGACUCCCGCUGAGAGUGAAGACAAGGGGCGCAAACAUCUCAGAAAAGCACAGAAACAUUAUCACUUCACAAACUUGUGCUGUAAGAGUGUGAAUGUAACAUCAGACUGACACAUGAUGCAGAUACAAUAAUUAUUCUGUAAAUGUCUGAAGCCAGCAGAGUUAUUGCAGAAAAAGAUGAUUUUUUUUUUUUUUUAAGCUGAAAGGCAACGAGCGAUAUAAAAGACUUGGCAGUGUCUGUGGGGAAUGGAAGAUUUAUUUUAAAGAGAAUAAAAAUUCACACACCAACUGGUCGGCCAGAGGCCCCCUCACUUGAUAAACGCUUCCUCUUGCUGGCUGAGUUUCCAACAGUCUGUCCCGGAAAACAACAGCUUCUGCUGCGAGAGGGACUCUGUGAUUAAUUUAUGCUGGUUGUGAUGCUGCAGUAUAGACCAUGAAUAGAUCCGGACCGGGUUUGCUUCCUUGUCUGUGCACAUUUAUAUGUAUGUGUGCACAUUGCUGUUUCCAUGGCAGAGUCUCACAAAGCUUUUCAUUCUUGUCUCUCUUUUCUCUCCUCUCUCGACACCUCCCUGCAUCACAGCUCGCAGACUCCUCCGCUCCUUGUUUCGCAGCUUUUUUGAUUGACAUGCAGCAGCCUACUUCCCUCAACUGUGUCUUUUAUGCCCUGUGGUUCUCUACGCUCUCUUCCUCUCUCAUGUUUCCAUUUUUAGGGUGGCUCAAUGAUGUACUGUAUCUACCUACUGUCUCUUACUUCCUCGACAGAGUUCCCCUUUCAUUCAUUUUGCCAUCCUGGAAGCUUAGAGUAGCCUGCACGUGCAGAGCACGAAUUCAUAGAGUUUCAGCAAAUAGACGGACACUUUUGCUGUCCUUAAAGUUACACCUAUUUCUAACCAACUUUUCAACUUGUUUGGCCAGAAAAAGAAAAGUAAUCUAGUCUGAAGAAUAAGCUGAAACUCUUUAAUCUUAGAUGUCUGUACUGAUGUGUGAGGAAUCAAUUUACCCUUUAAUGCCUUUUGUAUCAUAUUUGAUACAUACUUUUAUAUACUUCUAUCAAAUCAAUGUGAUCAACGUUACUAAAAAAGAAAAAUCUGAAUACAGUCGGAUAAAUGAUAAAAAAUUCCUCUUGUAGUUUAUCAGUUUCUAAAAACAUCUAAUGUAUCAAAUGAGAUAAAUAAAUAUAUUUGUUAAAUUUUAAGGACAUUUAGAUUUUUUUUGGUUUUCAGAAGUAAGUAUAAUAAACAUUUCAGCUCCAAAAAAUGUUGAAUUUUCUGGCCAUAAUUUAAAGGGCUACAAAAAUAGUUCACUUUACAAAACCAAAGUUUGAACUAAAAAGUUAAUUUCUUCAAAAAGUUAACUUUGAAAACCUGAACCAACUACUUUCUAAAGGUCAUCACUCUUUCAACUGCAGGUUUAAAUAACUAAAAUACUUCAUGCCAAGAAAAAAAGAGGACAAACAGAACUUGUGAAGAUGCUAAUAAAACAUUAUUUUUAAAUAAAGCACAUAAAGCAUUCACUGCCCACACUGUGACAGCUGCCUGCUGAAAGCUCCGGCUCCGGGUGUAAACACAUCUCAAAUAACCCUGUUUGGGUUUGUUCCACGAGCAGGUGCAGGGAUCACUGUCGAGUCCUGCAGUUCCCUUCAGACGCCUGUGAGAUGAAAAGUGUGGACUGAAGCAAAACCCAAACCAAACACGACAGCUUGAGGUCUUGAAGGAGAAGAAGAGAACGCUAUUGUUGUCAAGAUGAGGAAGUGAAAUAGCGAUGGUCCCGUUGAAUUCGAAACGAAAAUAAAGAAAAAAACUUGUACAACCUACAAGAUACAAACUAUGUCAGCACCUGUGAUGGGAACAUGAGUAUCAAAACCACAGAGCAGGAGAAGAAGGUGGCCUACAAGAACAGGAUCAGUUCAAUGAGUCCAAUCCCCCCGGUCUGAAACUAACAGAUCAUCUGUGGGAUGUACCGGAUAGUCAAGGCUGCUUAACGGAGGCGUACUUUGCAAUUUGCAGGACUUUAAGGGUUUGCUGGCAAAAUAAAGAUACCACAGCACACCUUAAGAGGUCUAGUGAAGACCCAACAACUGGCACGGCUAUACACCAGUGUUUUAAAAUGAUAUUAGAUGCUGAGUUCGUGGAAAGGCUGCACAUGCAAUAAUCUAACUUGAGUGUUCACGAAAAACUGACUAAGGUCAUAUUCACACCAAAAGGUCCGUUUUCUAAUACAAACCAAAGCGAGGAUGAUAUAUUGAUGAUACAUUGUUGCAACUUCUCAGCUGGUUCAGUUCGCGUUCACGAAGGCCAAACUCAAACUGUCUAAAUGUGGCAGCAGAAGUCGUUUGGUGAUUGCUUAUAUGGUUUAGGCAGGUAGACGACAAAUCCCUCGUAAUUUUUACUGUACAUCACGGAGCAUCGUCGGUGUUGGUGCAUAUGUUGGUGCUGAUCUGGACUGCAUAUCAGCAGACUUUAACGGACAUAUGGACAGCUGGGGAGACUGCGGCGAUUAGAUAAUGUAUUAGUACACGCGCGCUUCCUGUGAUUGGUGUGGAUGGGGUUCACACCAGAAGUAAACCGCUCUAGAGUUCACUUGAUAGCGGUCUGAGACCAACCCUACCAGGCGGACCUAAGAGCGGUUGACUGGUCUGCAUCAGAGUUGUAGGCCAGCGUUCACACCAACCAAAACAAACCACACCAAGGAGGUAAAUGCUCUAGGGUUCAGUUCAACUGGACUAAACAAGGCUGGUGUGAACACGACCAAAGACUUCCCGGAGUCAUUAUUGGUCAAACUCUGAGUGCAGUUCAUCAGGACCAGUAUGAGUUGUAUGGUAAAUGCAGGGUAGAGCCUUCUGCUGUUAUGAGUAUGCAGUUGUAACUAAGAUGGAGGCCCUCCCAUCUCUGUGAAUAAAGCGAUCUUCAACCCGUGAGCAUUUUAUCAUGCCUAUAAGUCAGUUAUUUAUAUCUUCAUUUAAUGGGUUUACUUCACAGAUCUCCAACACCUACUCACUCCAACCCACCAGCCUGUGGUGGGAGGAGGAAGUGUUGAUACAUAAUUCAUUUGUUGCUGCACAUAAAUUAUUAUAAAUGAAACAAAAUCAAUAAAAGAGCCGCAGGCUAAAGGGCGAAAAAUUUCCAAGCAGUGGAGCAGAGGGGCAGUUGAGAAACUUUUGUCGCACUUAUAAAGAUUUUAGGCCCAAUAGAGUGUCCCGGUGAUAAAUCAUUUGGGUCUUUAUCGAUGAAAUUCUGACAUGAAAUAACUCAAUAUGACAUGAAUUCAUUUAUAUUUUUCCUGAACUUCAUGCAAUGGCUUGAAAGAAACUGUAAAAUGUUUUUUUUUUUAAUUUGCAGUAAAUCUAGGAGGUUGAACAUCUAAUAAAUUACGGAUACAAACUGCAUGUCCUUUUGAACCCAUGGAGCUACUAAAGCGGAGCCCCUAAUCUUGAACCCCAUCAGAAGCAUGUACACAGCUCUGAUCUUUGUCUCUGUUUGAAAGGCAGCUCACGGUGUAUACUGCUCCCUCCUUUUGGGACUUGUGGAAAAUGAACUGCUGCUUCUCUUGGCUGCCUCAUCAUUUCCUUCAUAAUUAUUUUCUGAAUGUUUCCCCUGCCUGUCUUUGUGUCCUUUUUUGUUUCUCUGUUUUUUGCCUCUGUGUGUGUAUUCAAGUAUUUGCACAUCUACAACUCUGCGGGCCUGUACCUGGUGUAUUUGAUAAUACAGCAUAUUUUUGACAUCGUUAAUUAUUUAUAGCUGUUUUUAACCCCACUGAAAGCAUGAAAUUCAUCAUUUUUCAGCUCUUGUUUCUUUCACUUCUCUAUACUUUUGCUUCCCUCCAGUGAAGAAUCUGAAUAGGUGUCACCGUACCCAUCUUUUGUCACUGCUGAUGACCACCAAGAUAUCCCACAAUGCCUCAGUCACAUGACAGCAGUAAUCCAGCUUGUGACUGAAUCAGCCCCUAAGCCCUGACAGUGCAGAUUAGCACAGGAAAAGUACGGCGUAGGAGACUCUGUAAGCACCAGGGCUUUCCCUACUUCCUAUCCUCAACCUUGCCUCGCUACAGCUCCAUGGGUUACAGCUAAUGUGACCUCAGUUAACCUGGAGACACCCUGCCGUGUUUGUCCAAAACUCAAGAUGUUUUAUGGUGGAAUACAAAACAUAAAGUCCUUAUUAUACUAGAAUCUAAAGGUCAUUAAAGAGGAUUUUAUUUUCAGUUGAAUUAAUUUAUAAAUAACAUCUAAUUUAAUGGAUGCAUUAUUUUCUUGCCUCUCCUAUUCCCUUUAAGGUGCUAAUUUAAGUAAAAGCUUUAUACUCAUAAUGUAUAAAAGAGUGGAGUAAUUACAAAACAGUGAAGUUCAAAAAGAGGCUCUGAACUUUUUUUCUUUUUUUUUUUUUUUUACAGGAGCAAAAUAAAGCCAAAAAAGAUUUAACUAAAGCUCAGACAUAACCUCUGUAUCACAAACAAACAAAGUGUAAUUUGAAUAUUCUACCAACAAUUAAACUUUUAAAGAUAUUAUGACUUAAACAGUUUCUUUAUAUCAGAGUAUAUUUAACACGUAAACAUACUCUCCCUUACUUUUACAGAUUUUGCCAGAUAAGUGGUGUGUAAUCAUGACACAUAGUAAAUUGGAAACAUCUCCAUUAAAGCUCCUGUGAGGAACUUUCGGUCCAUGUCAAUUUUAGCGCCCUCUGUGGACACAGCAGUCCUGGCUUAUCUUGCCCCCUGCAUACUUAAGUCAUGAUUGUCAUCCUUCUGACUCAUUCUAGCUUUUAUUGUGAAAAUAUGAUUAAAAAAAGGGGGAAACAGAGCUGUUUCACUUUACACCUACCAACUUGCUCUGGUUUCAGGCAUCAAAAUCGCAGCACAGUUCUGUCACUGAUGGUCUUGUUUGAAUUUUAGUCUUUUAUUAGUAUUAUAAAAAAAACUUCAAAGGAGCUUUAAGGUACUUAUGAUCAUGAUUAAAGCUCAUUGGAAGAGCUUCUGGUUUGUGUCUGUUUUGGCGCCUCCUGUGGACAAAGCAACCUCACCCUGCUGACUUUUGUUAGUUAAAUAUAUAAUUAAUUGCCUAUUUUAUGCCAAAACAAUAAAAACUGUUUUCUUCAGCUACAACAUUGACUCCUACCCCCCUCAUGCUUGUUUCAGGCAUUAAAAAUGAGGUUUCAACAGGAGUUUCAGUCUUUUUCGUACACGUCAAAAAAACUCCUCAUAGGAGCUUUAACUAGUUGCUCGUUCUCUUCCAUAAAAGUGGUUGAUUAGAUCUUUUCUGAUUAUUAUUGAGUAAUCAGAAUUAUUACCAUGAUUACUAGACAUUGAUCAAAUUAUCAAUCGGAAUCAUAACCCUUCCUCAUUACAAGUCGAGAGCUCUUGUUAUGGAGUUUUGACCAAUCAGAAUCAAGUAUUUAACACAGCUGGUGUGUGCAUCAUUCUUUUGAGUGGCCUCUUUUCACGGCCACUCUGUGUUUAGUUCUUUUGUAUUUUUAUUUCUAAGAAUAUAUCUAACAUGACCAGUACGUGUGCAUCCAUGCUACUGAGCACCGUGCAAGCUGGACCACAGCAUGUCAAACUAAACGGCACAAAUUGUUGCUAUAACAAGCCCCAGCCAUCCUUCUUCUCUGAAACUCACAUGGCUUCCAUGAUAAAAAUAGAGCAUCUGUCUUGUCUUGUGCCCACCAGCGUGCAUAAUUAUGAGUCUUUGUGCUCUUCACAUACAUGGCUGGCGAUCCCAUUACCUCCAUGGAAACAAUAAAGGGUUAUGAGAAGGCGUCCAGAGUGACCUGGUCUCCCCGGUAAAAUGAAUGUGUGGUGUUCAUAUCCUCCUAAUAGUGUAGCAUAUUUGUUAGCAGCCUUUUCAUGCCUCUGCUCAUUGUCCCUAAAGAGUGACAGAGUGACUCACCUUAUUCCCGAAAGUGAGACUGAUCCUGUGAUGUAGCACUGCAUUGUGGGAACCACUCAGUGUUGGUGUAUUGUUUAAGUCUGAAGAGCUUGUGCAGGAUAAACGAACAUGAGGCAUACAGUUGUGAAAUUGUUGGGAUCAUAUCUGACCUGUUUUAAUUAUUCUUUUAUUUAUUUCAAUAAAAAACAAAUAAAAUGUGAAAAAUACAUUUAUUUUAUUCACUUAAAUACACAGAUACCUGUGUUUAAACUGACAUAUCUGAUAUAUUUUUGUCUAGUUUGUCUAAAAUGCUGAGUAACAACAUAAUUCAACAACUUAAAACGUUACUGUGCUUUGUUGAGUAAGUCACAGUUUAAGAUAACAUGUUUUUUUUUUCAUUUUAAAAGGCCUACACUAAAACUCAUUUUACUUUGGAAGUCAUAGCAAAAGAUAGCAUUAAGCAUUGCUAACAAAUUACACUGACGGAUAUGGAUCAGUGUAAUCAGUAUAAUGGAUAAACUAUAAUUACAUGUCAGCAUAUUUAACGCCAGCACCACGAAUUUCAGUCACCUCAGGUGAAAUCUUAAUUACACUUGAAAAUUGAUGCCUUUGGAACUCGGUUAUAAUGGUUUUUUAACACUCUCUGAGUUCCAUGUUAAUUGUUGGUUCAUUUUUUAAGCUUUGAAAGGCCUCAGGUGCUGCAGAGGAAGUUGGUUUAGUCAAGUCAGUUUUGUUAAUGAAACAAUUUCCUUUCUUUUUUUUUUCCAUGUGCAGGAAAAUCACUGUCGUAGGAUAAAGAUCCUGGGUGAUUGUUACUACUGUGUGUCCGGACUGACUCAACCCAAGACUGACCACGCCCACUGCUGCGUAGAGAUGGGUCUGGAUAUGAUUGACACCAUAACGUGAGUGAUCCAGUACUUCAUUAUAUCGAAAGUGUAAAGUGUAAUUUCAUCUGUGUGAAUGAAUAAAAUCUUAAUCUUUCCAUGCUUUCAGUAGAAUAUGCUGUCUCGGUUGACUUGGUAGAAGCUGCAGAAAUCUUGAUCUUUGUUAUCUUACAAAACAGUCCAUUUAACUGAGUCCAUAUUUAGGAUGGCAUUCGAGCUGGGCAAACUGCAGCCGUAUUAACCAUGUGUGCUGUGACUAAAUUCUAACACUGAACAUUUUAGCGAGCAGAGCUGCAGUUGGCUGAGAGGAAAGGCUUCACUGGAGAGAGAAAGUUAAACAGUCUAUUGAGCAUGGAAGAGCGUGUUUUCCCUCACAUGGCUGAUAUAGUUUGAAUAAAGGAAGGAAGGAGAUAUACCUCAGAUUAAAUCAGAUUCUUUCAUGUAUCUGCUCGGCUUAGAGUCUGUUAUUUUAGAUCAGACUGUCUCUCCAGGACUGAUUAUAUAGAAAUGCUUGAACAAGAAGUGUUUUUGUUCUUUAGUCUAAACUGGUGUGUUAAAAAGGGGCUUAUUUGCAGUUUAAGAUUUGAUAAAUGUAACACAAAAUGUUUCUUUAAAGCUCAAUAGGACUUUAAUUUUCUUUUGUACCCACAAGUGGCCUCUAAAGGGGUUCCAGUUUAAGAGGAACCGGUCCUCAAAGACCACUCUUACCACUCUUUUUCCCACAAUGGAAAAAGUUUCCUGCUCUAUCCAUUGUCCUGUCUCUCAAUAUAAGCAUAAAACCCCUAAAGUAAACUAAAAAGCGGAACCUAAUGAGUAUGAGAAAUUGGUCUCAGGGGGAAAUUGACAUUUCCUGAUAUUUGUCCAAGUUCAGGCCUACAUUUUACCAAAACUUUGGACCAAUGCUGAAAAGCAAAAGGACAGGGCUAAUUUGGGGGACUUAUCUUUUGUUUCAACUGUGUGAAUAAGUCAACAAAAUCCUACUUAAAUCAAACCUUAGUGGCAGCUUGUUUGUAUAUUUACAAUAUUUACCACCAGGAAUACCACCAGGGUGCAAAAAAACCCUGAUACAAAACUAUUUCACCGAUUUUACUGAGGAACUAAAUAUUAUCUCAGGCAUAGUUAUAGUGUCUGAAAAUCAGCUGAGAGGGAUCAGACUGCCAAGGGAUUUCCUGGAAGUCUGACAUUUAUCCAUUAAAAAGAAAUACAGUAAGACUAAAAAACAGUAAAGGUGAGGAAAUGGUCCCAGGCGAAGAAAUAAUGCAUUCCUUCCUCUGCAAGGUGCAAAAUAAAUAGGGGAGAGUGGGGUAAGAUGAGCCAUUUUUCAUAUUUCAGAUCACUACAUCAAGGCAAUCAUAGUUUUGUCUCGAACUAGUGUCUCUAAUUUCUUUUACCAUUUCCAAGCAACAGAGGGUGGCUCAACUUACCCCACUCUCCCCUACUAUCCAAAAACUCCUCACUGGAGCUUUAACUUCUUUGGAAAUAGAUUCAUUGUAGUUUUGAACAUUCGGAUUAAUAAGACUGUCAGUAUUUAUAACAAAAAUACGCUUUUGCUAUUUUGAUUCAUUUGUCCAAAAGCCUUUAAACACACAUUAUCAAAGCAGUUGCCUAUCUUUCCAUUAAAUAUCCUCAAAACAUAUUGGAUUUUCAACGCUUGGUGAUUAAAUAUAAAAUUUGAAAUUUGCCUUUUAAAGGGGUCUAGUUUUGCAGGUAUAUUCCUGACUUGUGUACGUGUUAAUCUAUUAGCUGCACAGUGCUCAUAUAAAAUCAUAUCAUCCUGUCAUAGGUUGUUUGUGUUCUGUUAUGCUGUUCUAUGUUGCCUCUGUGCCACCUUCUCAUGCUGCCUCAUUAUUAAUUCACUGCAGCUAUAGAUUUAAUGCGAUCCUGUGACCUCACUCAAACACUCGACGUGCUGUGCCCCUGCAGGUCAGUAGCCGAGGCCACAGAAGUCAACCUGAACAUGCGCGUGGGCUUACACACAGGUCGGGUGUUGUGUGGAGUGCUGGGCCUCAGGAAAUGGCAGUAUGAUGUGUGGUCCAAUGAUGUGACCUUAGCCAAUGUGAUGGAGGCUGGAGGACUCCCAGGGUCAGUACUGGAAUCUACAUGAUCACCUGCCUCUGUAGAUACGAAGACAAGUCGCCUUGGUCUACUUCUUGAGUAGAGCUCUGAAAUAAAUGAUUAUUUUGAUAAUGUGGUCGAGAACUGACUCUUUAAAUCUUAUUGUGGAGAACAUCUAAAUGGUUUGAUGGGAGUAUAAUGAACAACAGAGAAAAGAAGGGCUCUAACCUGAACGUUACAGCUCUAAAUUCUCAUUUCAGACUUUUUUUGACCACUGACUGUAACAGUUUUAUGACCCGCUCAGACAGUCUUGAUAAUUUACAACAGAGAUUAUGUUAAACUGAUCCAAGUACCAAAGUUUUCUGUACAAAAAAAGGAGAAAUAUUCAAAUCAUACACUUAGCAGAGUGCAAUAAAAUAUUUCUGUUUUUCCAAAUAAAAGCCAUAAAACCAGCAAAUUUAUUAUUUUUAUGAUUCUUUAUUUCCAGGAAAGUCCACAUUACCAGAUCUACGCUGGAGUGCCUAAAUGGAGAUUAUGAGGUGGAACCUGGAAAUGGCCACGAAAGGAACGCCUUCCUCCAAAAACAUGAAAUUGAAACCUUCUUUAUAGUGCCAUCUCACCGCCGGAAGGUACCGUCUUGUAAUUCUGUUUUCAGAUAUGUGUUUUCAAUAAGCAUCGUAUUUCUAAAAGCUGUUAGCAGAAGAAAAUGACUAAUAGGAUAGCAGCAGUUUAUCCGCAGAUUAGGGUUUUGUCAUAAAUUGGCCUCGUUUGAACCUGUUAUUACCUGGACCGUGUGCUGAACACAUGAGCAGAGCUUGUGCAGUCUGCAUGCUAAUCCAUAUUAAGUUAGACUACUGUUCGCGGUGGCUCAGAGCAGGUUCAGAUUACGAGACGACAGAUUUACCUUGUGGUUUUUUUUUCUCCAUGCUAAGAUAUAUAAUAAAAGACUCUUUUAAAUAGAAUAUAUUUGACUCUAACUUCACACGACACAUUUGUUGUUGUUGAGCUGAUCUCUGUUCCAGCCCGUAAUGGAUUGAAUUUCAAAAGAGCAACACCCCGAGGCAUCCAUCAUCUCAAAUCUGCACAGUUCAACAAACUUAAGAGAUAUACGUGUGUGUCGGUUAUUGCAUAUAAACACGCAUCUCCAACAGAUGUUGCAGCUGGAGAGGGAAUUUCAGUCUUGUGUUUGCUCUCCUUCCCUCUCAUCUCCUCCUCUUCUCCUUUCCUCCCUCCAUCCUCUUGCAGCAGGUUUUAUGUUAUGCAAGAUAAGGCUUGUGCAUAGGUUAUAUGGGUCUGUAUGCGAACCUGUAACAUCCCAGUUGCGUGUUUUUCCCUUUGAUAUGCAGGAUACUUUGCUAAUCCUCUUAAUGGAGCUGAUGGUUAGGCUUCAUCAAAGGCGCAGCUCACAGAUAGAUGCUCCCUCGCUAAGCUGUGUUAGAUAGGCCUCUGCUCACCCUGCUUUUGUGCCUCUGCUCCUGCAACCAGACACUCUGCUAACUUUAUGCAUCAAACAAAGCAUAUGUUUCCUAGUGGAAGGGACACUUCCUUAAACCCUUGAAUAAAUGCUAAAAUUGUACUGCUCUCUUUGGAAAAGCUGAAGAGAAAUCAGGGCAGAAAGGUGCUAAAACUGUUUAAAAUCACCCGGGGGGGGAUUGACCUGCCUUAUAUUAACCUCUUUCUAGUUAAACUCCACACUCUGAUGAUAAUGAUUGCAUGCUUUAAUGUGUGCACAUACAUACUGUCUAAAGCCUGUGCAUGAUUGACCUUACAUAAGACAUAUUACUGUGUAGGGUAUCAUGACUAAAUCCUUGUUCCCGUUUCUUAUCUGGUGACAGAUAUUCCCAGGAUUGAUUCUUUCGGAUAUAAAGCCCGCCAAAAAGAUGAAGUUCAAAACUGUGUGCUACUUACUAGUGCAGCUUAUGCACUGCAGGAAGAUGUUCAAGGCUGAGAUUCCCUUCUCCAAUGUCAUGAACUGCGAGGACGGUGAUAAGGUAUCAACUCUCAGUGUCUGUGUUGACGUUUCUGUGUUUGUCCGUGCUGUGAUUUCCUUAAAUGGAGACAGAAAGAGAUAGACAGCCUGAAUGUGUGGAGAUGUUUGAAUUUCCUGGAUCGCUGCCCCUGAAUGUGGCCUGAUGUUGUCUUUUUAAACCACUGUAAGAGAUCUUUUAUUCACCCAUUACCAGCAUAUUAUGUAUUUAUAUCUGCCUCAUACAAGUCUAGUUAAUUAUUUUUUUUCUUAAACGCCAUUUUCAGACCUCUAAAUAAGACUCUUUCGCUCCACUAACUGAAGCUCAAGUUUAACUAGCCCAACAAAGAGACAGUUUGGGGACUCAGUGAGCUACAUUUUUACAUAACAAUGUUGCAAAGAUGAGAGUUUUAGAUCAUCCAGCGGGUCUAAAGCCAAUAUUAGAGGACUAACAGUGUGUGUGUGUGUUCAUGGAUUUCUUCAUAGUUCAAUGGCUUUCCUAAUGUGAACUCUCCGUGUGGGUAGUAGAUUUUGCCACGUGGAAGAGAAGCUUCCUUACACAACACUGUAACUCAAAUGCUCUUUGUCACCUCAUUGAAUAUUAUAAAACACACACUAGCGAGGAAGCGGGGCACACAAUGCUGCUCAUGAUAAAAGCCCAGGAGACGUUUGCCCUUGCAGGAAGUGGAAUCUUUUUUUUGUGUGUUUUUUUUUUUGGCUCUUUAAAAUCCAUUUUCUUCUGAUUAGGAAUCUAUAACUUCAACGUGUUCAUUUUGUAGUAAUAGGUAGGACAGGUGAUGACUCCAUCAGCUGUAGUGACCUCAGCUUGUUGCUGCAGUAGACACUAUAUUCCCCUCAUGUACUGUAGUACUGUCAGGGACACAGCAGGCUGGCUAAAUGCCAAAGAGCUUGUUUAACCUUGUGUGUCUGAGGAGAAAUCCCCGUUGGCCUGGCAGCUGUACAAUUCUUGCACCAGCUGUUUUAAUCCAUAUUUUCAGGUGUGUGUUUGUUUGUGUAUGCGUGCCUGUGUGUUUUUGUGUUUUCUCAAUGUAGAAGUCAAAAUCUAAAGUCACUGUCAUACUGUGUGUUGAUAUUCAUGAGCGUACUUACAUCCUCUUAUGCCUAAAUGUGUGAGUUUGUUUUUUUGUUUGAAGGUUGAAGAUAGGAUGUGGGUUUGGAUGGGAUUUAUAGAUAUGGGAUAAAGGUCUUACACAUAUAUAUGGGCAGGUUUUCGUCACACAGAGAAAACACAUUGUUCUUAAACAUUUAGACUCACAAUCAUGCUGUCUGCUGUCUCCAGUGGAUCCUCACCUGUUACUAUAUCACAGCGUCUGACCUUGAAUCUAUAUAACCUUUACAAACAGCACCCUCUCUUUGUGGACAGAAGUCAUACGAGUAUAAAACGGAAGAAUGAAAAGAGAGGACAGCUUAAGUUAUACAUACACCUCCCACCAAAGAGUAAUUUCACAUUCAGACCACACACACUUGAGUUGCGUGAAAUGAUAUAUGCAUUCAAGGCACGGAGGGGAGUGAUAUGAAGGACCAGGCAUGAAUGAAAAGGAUUUUUAGUGCAGCAGACAUGGCUGCACACCGCGUCCCGUGCUGCGCCAAGCACAAUAUGGAACACAAGAAAAAGUCGGUAUCUGCAGGUCAAAGUGUUGCUGCUUCAUAAAUAAAUAAAACAAGUGUGUGAGGGAGGCGCAGGAUGAAAAAAAAAAAAGGAGAGGGAUAGGAAGACAGAAAACACAGUAGGGAGUAGGGAAGGAAAGAUGAAGCACAGUGUGAGGGAGGAAUGCAGGAUGAGCACAUAGAAGCAGAAAAAGUACUUGAUAAAGUUUGGAAGAGUAGACUGAAAGAAAACUGGACUCACAGAUGAUGUGAGUAAGGAAAAAAAAGAAGAAGAAAUAGAAGCAAAACAGAGAAGAAAAGGGAACAAACAGACAAUUAAAGGAGACAAACAGAAGCAGAAAAGGACAUAAAUAAAGGAAGAAGAAAAGGGGGCGAGUCAGUGAACUGUACACAUCAAUGUCAUGUAAUGGACUUGUGGAAAAACUCUCGCUCCCCCCUCUGGUCCUCUAAUGUGCCACUGAACUACACAACCCAUCCAGCAUGCUCUCUUUUAUGUACACACAGCCACCUACACACACUCUCACAAACAUCUACUCUGCCAUGUUCAGGCCCUGGCUUUGCUCCAGUGGCCAAUGUUUUGCAUAGCUGCUCACUUUGGCUGCAGUAGACGCUCAGACUCAGCGGGGUGUAUCCAAUAAUGAAGUUAAGUGUGAAGGCAAUGCCCUAAUUUGAAAGUAUAAUAAGCAGCCUGUGUUUAUCGUUCACUGUUAUCCAAUCCCUGUCCCUAAUAUGAUAAUACUCCACUGACACAAAGAACACAGCAUGCCACGUUGAAGCCUCUUCAUCGCACUGUUGUCUUUUCAGCUUCUUCAUUUUCAGUGUUUUUUUUCUCUUUGCAGCGGAGAGCCAUGAGAACAGCUCCACAGAAGCUGAGGAACCGUCCCAACGCAAACCAGGCUAACGUGAUCCAGAGCAGCCCCAGAACCAGAGUCAACCGCUACAUCGGGCGGCUGAUCGAGGCCCGCCAGACCGAGUCAGACACGGCAGACCUCAACUUCCUCACACUCAUGUAUAAGUGCUCUGAGCGCGAGCAGAGGGUGAGGGAUAGGUAUAUAUGUGUGUGCAUGUGCAGAGAGGUUCUCUGUUGACAUCUGUCACUUAUGUAUAUCUGCUCUCUUGAAUUCACACAGUACCACCAGGUUCCUGAUGAGUACUUCACCAGCGCGGUGGUCCUCUCUCUGAUCCUAGCUGCCUUGUUUGGCCUUGUCUAUCUCCUCAUAAUACCACAGUAUGUUCAGUAAACUUUCUUUUCAUACUUUUAUCUUUACCGUCCUAACUCUUAAAUUGAAUCUAACCAAAGUCUUAAAUGUCUCCAUUUUCUUCUGUUUUUCCCUCAGGGGCACAGUGGUACUAGUUCUUCUUGUCUUCUGCAUCUGUUUCCUUGUAGCUUGUAUCAUGUAUCUGCAUAUUACUAAAGUACAGGUAAAUUCAGCUGCUCACGUAUCCAAAUACACACACACAAAGAUUUGUCCCUUUUUUAAAAACUUUUUAUUUUCACAAUAACUGUUAACAGUGAUCAGUGACCCUAAAAAGAGGAAUAAUUAGUUAAAUUACAUGAAACCUUGUGAAAAGUUGGUCGCAAGAUAACUUUCUAAAUCCUGCUGCACACUAAGGGCCUGUUUCCACUGAUGGUAUUUUGCUCCAGGGAGUUUUACACUUCUGUUUCUUCUCUGAUGGAUGAAGUUUUCUUGUUAUCCCUAAAAUAAGUUCUGUUUUUCUUUUUUGUCUUUUCACUUUUCUUUCUUCAUCUUAUUUAUGUACUGAUUUAUUUUUCAAAAAGCAAGAGAGAGAGCUAUUGUAUGAAUGAAGAGUAGAAUGAAUGUUAUGUAAGUGUAAUGUCGAAGUUCAAAAUGAAAUGGAAAAGAAGAUAAGGACCCCAGGAAGAGUAGUUACUGCAUAUUUUGAUAUAACUUAUGGUGGAUCCAAAAUAAAACAGAACAAAAAACACUGAAAAUGUUUAACACAUAUGGGCUUGUAUGAAAAAUGGUCAUCUAUGGACACAGGCCCUUAAAACUCUAACAGCUAAGAGGUUUACAGCCCUUGAUAUUUUCUUCUAACCUCACUAAUUUGAACCUUAAACCUCACGUGUUCAUGUAUUUUCCUCUCCUCUCUUUCAUCAUUUUUCACACAUACUAUUUUAGCAGCUACUUUCACACAAUGUGCUAUAGUAAUAUUUAAGUGUACCGACACAUACCACCUAUAUAUAGUAAAUUCACACAUAAUGUAUUUAUGAACUGCAUGUCUCCAUCUAAUUUUCUCUGUUUCUCUUUUUUUUUUCUCAGUGUUUUCCAGGGUGCCUAACUAUUCAGAUUCGCACUGCUCUCUGCAUUCUCAUAGUGCUCUUAAUCUACGCUGUGGCCCAGGCCUGUGUGGUAAGUCAUGAAGGCAACAGUGCCUCUGAAUACAGUCUCAUCAGUAUAUGAAGAAACCCCCAAAUCUAAACAUCUAAAUAGCUCUUUUGGUGAGUAGGGAGCAUUCAGCCUAAUGUAGAUUGUGGGAUAGUGGAGCCUCUUGUGGCUGAAAUAAAUAUCACAACAACAAACCCUGAAGAGCAGUCUGAAUUUCCUUCCACCAGCCCAAACUUCCUGUCAGUGAACCUUCAUAUCCCGUAAAGCUCCGCAGAAUGAUAAAUCUGUUUUCACAAGAAAAAUGAUCCCAGCAAAUGUCUUUCCACUAACGAGAAAUGAUUUUUCCACCUGUCGUCACAUAUGAAGGUUGGACUUAAAGGAAUCAUCCAAAAACUUUUUUAACUCCAUCUCUUUCAAAAAUAAAAAAGCUGAAACUGGGAUUAUACCAGGAAAAGGAGGAUGAGGAAGUUGUAAACAACCUACAGAAUGAAUUUCUUAGAUAUGUUUUUCUUACCGUACAGAAACUCUUGAGGUCCCAGGUUAACUUUCAGGACAGGUUGUUUUAGCACCACUGUUCUCCUCUGAACUUAAGUAUCUUAAUGUUUUCAUACUCAUUUAUCUUCAUUUUUUCCCUCUGUCAGGUGGGCUGUAUGCCCUGGUUGUGGGGUAGAGCCAAUACCAACAGCUCCAUCAUCAUUAUCGAUGUGGACGGUGGCGCCAACCAAACCAUGGCAGAGCUGCCUUGCGAUGGUGCCCGAUACGCCUUUCUGUCCUGUGUGGUGGGCACGCUCACCCUGGCACUUUUUUUGCGGGUCUCCUGGCUGCCAAAGAUGGCGCUAAUGCUGCUUCUGGGGGUGCUGUACAUCACCGUGUUGGAACUCAGCGGCUUUCGCAAGACUGCAGGGUGAGGUUCACAGCACAACAUGUUCACUAAACCCGUCAUGCAAAACACUUGAGUGUGUUUAUACAGUUUUGUUUUUGAAGGAUUUCUGUCCUUUCUUGAAGAAGCACGACAACAACACAGACGUCGUAUCAGAGCUUAAAGUGAGGGCCUCCUGAUCUAGUUACGACUGUGCGUCAUUCAAAGAAGCAGAGGCGAAUAUUGGCUGUGAAUGUCCAGUGAAGGUUUCUGUGUUUGUUUUAGAGGGAACAGAUUACCAGGAGUUUGGAGGAACAUUUACUGUACAUGUGCUGAGAUAUAUGUGAGUGGAGGAGUCUUUGCUUGUCUACAGCCCACAUGCUCUUUCAUUUUCCACCCUUUUGAGGCAGCACAUGUGCUCAUUAGAUCCAAAUCAAAAGCCUUAAAGGACAAUGUGGGCUGGAUGAUGGGAAUGGGCUAGCUUUGUCCACCCUGUGUUGAGGGCCCCGGCCAAUUUUAUUUAAGCCUGCAUGUUGAAAUGUAUCUUUAAAAGUGAUUUUGUUGAGUAAUUCAGUGAAGGAUCUCUUUUAAAAGCUAAAUUUGUUUGAUGCAGUUUCACUUAAGUCAGUGUCUCUUCCAUUUAUGCCUUUUUGUGUCAAAAAAGCAUUUUUCAUCAUGUCUUUAGUGAAACUUUAACCAUGUUGUCUUUUGACACACUGGGGGGUCCAUCCAAAUCCUCAUGUGUAGUUUUCUGUGUGGUCUAGUCCUGUGCUGACGUGCGUGUCGGUCUCUUCCACAGUGGGGGGUCCUUCCACAUCCGGGGCUAUGAGCCCAUCCUGUCUCUGUUGCUCUUUGUCAGUGCGCUGGCCCUCCACUCCAGGCAACUUGACCUCAAACUACGCUUGGACUUCCUCUGGGCUGUACAGGUCAGGAAGUGUGUGUAUCAGUGUGUCUGUGCAUGUGGAAGAGGCUGCAGAGGAUGAGGGGUUUAAUUCUCGCUAUCAAAGCGCGGUUUGAAUCAGAGGUGCACUGUUGAAUUAAUUUUAACUUAAUUACAAAGAAACUAUUACUCUGUGUUUGGUGGAUUUGUAUUUUUGGGGUGCAAGCUGUUUUUCUUUUUUAAAUAAAAAUAAAGGCUGGACUUUGAUUGACCUUUUUUGGCACCAUAAGCGUCUAAAAACAUUUUGUGCAUAGCAGUGCAAGAAUUUAAUGCCUUCUAGUUCCAGCAGGAUCCGACUACUGUAAAAUAUUGGCAAUGCUGGAAGGCUCAUGAGGUUUUAUACCGCCCCCAAGUGGUGGAGAUUUGGAUUUAAUGGCAGUAUCUUCUUAUUUACUCUGUGUUGCUUUCAUUUACAGGCUGAAGAAGAACGAGACGGCAUGGAGAAAGUCAAGCUGGACAACCGCAGGAUUCUCUUCAAUCUUCUGCCCGCACACGUGGCUCAACACUUCUUGUUGUCAAAUCCCAGGAACAUGGUGAGCCUCGCUAAUAGACAGGCAGACAGACAGACAGACAAACAGGUAGAUAAAGAGACAGAUAAACAAAAAUGACUACAAUUGAAAGACAUCUAGGAACCUGCUUUAUAGAUUUGGAUUGUAUUCUGUAGGAUCUGUACUAUCAGUCGUACGCACAAGUGGGGGUCCUGUUCGCUUCGAUUCCAAACUUCAAUGAUUUCUACAUUGAGCUGGAUGGCAACAACAUGGGUGUGGAGUGCCUGAGACUACUGAAUGAGAUCAUUGCUGACUUUGAUGAGGUGAGAUAGAGAUUAUUUUUUGAUUUUUUUAAUGUACUUUUGUAUUAAAGUAUGUAAUUUUUGUAUUGAUGUGUAUUUUCUGCAGCUUAUGGAUAAGGAAUGCUACAGAGACAUUGAAAAAAUCAAAACCAUUGGAAGCACAUACAUGGCAGCUGUGGGCCUCGUCCCUACCAUCGGUACCAAGGUGACAUCUCCCUCUUUGCACAUCUAUACUUAAAGAGAUAUUCCAGCGCAAAGUUAAGUUAGGGUCAAACACAUCGUAACACCGAGUUAGACUCCCCGUCGAGAGAUGAAUGUUGCCAACCGCUUGCUUCUCUCAUUAUACCAACUUUAGUAAUGACCGCACGAUAGCAAUACACAGCGGUCUCAGGAGCCACACACACACACCUCCAUCAAAAAGCCACUCUAUAGCCACAAAUAAUGCUCAGAACAGCACCUAACUUCAUCAAGAGUACAUAUAGGGAAAUGAUCAUAAAUGUUCUUCCUUGAGCUGUGACACCCCGCUUCAGUUGGUGAUGGACUCUUCUGAGGUCUCCCUACAAACAAGCGGCUGUUGGAAGAGAGUAGGUGAGUUGUGUUUAGACUCUUUGCUGAAGAGAACCGUCAAAGCUAAAAAGAUGUUUGGUGGCUCGUGCUGUGGCUGGGAACCUAUAUGGUUGAGAAGCAAGCGGUCAGCAACAUUCAUCUCAUUGUCUAACUGGGUGUUACAGUGUGUUUGACCCUGACUUAGUUUUACGCCGGAAUAUCCCUUUAAGUGGAUUAACAUGAGGACAAUAAGAAGGAGAAUCUUCAAUCGAUUUUAACUGCUUUUAAAUGCAAAUUUCCCCCCUUCAGGCCAAAAAGUCUGUUUAUGAUCAUCUGAGCACAAUAGCAGACUACGCCAUCGAGAUGUUUGACGUACUGGAUGAAAUCAACUAUCAGUCAUACAAUGAGUUUGUUUUGAGAGUGGGUGAGUGUACCCUUGUAAUUAAAGUGUGAUCACAGCCGCAUAUUAAGUCCAAACACAUCAACCAGCAACCUCAGUCUGACAUGGUUUUGUGUUUGUUGAACAUUUUCUUGUGUUUGUGUAGGUAUCAAUGUGGGCCCAGUGGUUGCAGGGGUGAUCGGAGCACGGCGACCCCAGUAUGACAUCUGGGGGAACACAGUUAAUGUAGCGAGCAGGAUGGACAGCACUGGAGUACCGGGGAAGAUACAGGUAUGAAACACAGCUGAGCUCAGAUUAUCGAUCAAAAAACAAACAUAGGGUUAGGAAAGACAGUUUCUGAAAGGGAAACAAAAUGAAAAACAAAAACCUUUGUGACGGUUACAUUACCUAAUAAGUCAGUUAGUCCUGAACUGACCUUGUUCAGGGAUGUCCUCAUUGAGCCUUCAUUAGGUUAAGCCUGCCCACAACCACAUGGGUAUCCUGCUGUUUUUGAACCUUUGGCAAUCUCCUCUUUGCUUUGGCACAAAAAUAAGUACAGCAGCUGAAUUUGACGUUAGCAAAACCUACUUGUUGUUUCAUAAGUAUCGUAUUCAAAGCAGUUAGAAUAGUACAGUUUAAAAACUAUUUUAACUACACUUUACCUUAUCAUACUUUAAGACUGUCUCAUUUCCCGUCUUUCUUACCAAUCACCCCAAACCCCAUGAUAACCGUAAUUAAUUCUGAAUCAACUGUGGCAGAUUUAUAAAGUUAAUGGUUGUACAAAUGUGUUAAAAUAAACAUCAGUAGCAACAUGUUUUUCUGCGUUACACAACACUUUGCAUUCAUGGUUUUAUUGGGUGUCAUAAGCAGUGAAAUAUAAGAGGAGGGAAGAAACUUGCAAGAAAUGCUGAUACACUGAUGGAGCUGAGUGAAAGACAAAUACAAACAGUGACACAGUAUGGGCUUUUGCAGUAUUACAGGUCUGGUAGGGCGAGAGAAAGAAAUGAAUACCAGUAAAAAAGUUUGGAGGAAGGAGACCUCAUGCAGGUCAUGUCAUUUUGUGUAUCUGUUAAAAAUGCCAAUAAAGAAAUCCAAAUGUUAAAACUUAACUGUGAAUUAAAAUGUCAAGUUUAAUUUGAUUUAUGACAGUAGCACAGGUUAUGUAGAGGUUUGACUCGAACAAAAAUAUAAAGUUUCAUUUAAAUUGACCCGGGAGUAGACUGAUUCGAAUGUAGUUGCCACGGAAACACUGCCAACCAAUAAAGCUGAUUCUGUUUUGUAUAACAACCUGCUCACUUAACAUUAACCUGUACUUACUGUAUUUUAUUCAAGCAUUUUUAUUUUGUCAGAAGCAUGUUUUAGUAAAUUCAAAAUACCCUCUUACAGGGUUACUUUUCCGAUUUCUUGUGUAAAGUUCUUUGUUUUUACCUGUUGCUGACAAUUGCUAUAUAACUAGACUUUGCUUGAUUUGCUUUGCAGUGAACCACGGCCUCAGGUUUUUUUGUGCGAAAAUAAAUAUAUAUAGGAUUUUGCUUGAUGAUGUUGAAAUGUAAUGAAACGUAGACUCCUAAAUCAUAGUCGGACAAACAGAACAUCCUUAUAGAAUCAAAAAGUGAAUAGCAUACAGAUGAUGGAUGUAAGACCUUGCUUUGUUGCACGCCGUUUCUUUCUUUCACGAUAAAAGAUAAACACAUGGUAUCUCCUUGUUUUCUGCGACAGGUGACUGAAGAGGUCUAUCGCCUCCUGAAUACCAACUACGACCUGGUGUGCCGGGGAAAAGUCAGCGUGAAGGGUAAAGGUGAGAUGCUGACCUACUUCCUGGAAGGAAAGGUUCAGGGCGUGGGCACUGUAACCACUUCUUCUGUGGUGCGCUCAGCCAGCCUUGCGCGCCGGAUUCACUCCUGUGGCAAGACGAGCGUCCCCACCAAACUGGGGAGCGUCUCCUCCGCCGCCAGCCUGGCUGCUUACGCCAGCAUGGGCAGCAACAUGCAGAUGAACACUGCCAACAGCAGCAACAGCCAAGCAACAUGCCUGCCUUCAUCCUGCGUGCCUGCGGUGGGUGAAGAGGACGAGGAAGAGGAGGGGGUAACAGGGAUUGAGAUUGAGGCUGUGGCUGCUGUUGCAGAUGUGUCAGUGUAAGAAGACGGACAGAAACUUUGAUGACACAAAUAAAGAAAUCGUGGGUAAGAGGCUGAAAGAAGACAGGGCUGUCCAGGUAUUCCCUUUUGAUCUUUAGCCGCUGGUACACACCAGAAUAUGCCCAUUCAGGACAUGAACAUCCUGAUGAAUAAUACGAAGUUGCAGACAAUCAUACUUGCUUUAAGGAAUAUUUAACUCUGAGAGAAGGAAUGAAGAUUGAGCCGACCUAAAUCUGAAAUCCUCUAACAUCUCUAUACAUUACCAGAUGGUUUGUGGUAUUCCUGGGUCCCCUCAGAUCCAGGUCUACAGUUAUGUGCAUCUUUGUUUUAUAAAUAUCGUGUACGUAUUCCAUGUACAAGGGAUAUGUGCAUUGAUAUACAAAAAAGGACUGAUCUUGCUAUUGCUUUUGCACUGUCUUUCUGAAUAUGCCAAGGAUACACUGCAUUAUUUACAGUUUCAAAUGGUGUUGUUUUUAUUUUAUUGGUGUAUGUAAGCAUGCAUGCGUGUAUUUGUGAGCGUAUGUAUGCAUGUGUGGUUAUUUCUGAAUUGUAACAACACAGCACAAAAUCCUUUUUUUUAUACUCGGAGUUCACAGGAUGAAACAGGCUUUUUUGAGACAUAUUUACAGUUAAUAGUGCAUGACUUUUUAAAAGUUGACAGCCAUAGUAAAGGUACUCCCGCUGAAAGAAAACCAAAGUACUGAGCUUUCCAUAGAUCUGUAGUUUGACAGCUAUUAUUGCCUCACCACACGGAACAGAGAGGAGAUACACUGCAGUGAGCUGAAUGCGUUUGUUAAGGUGGCAGACAAGGGUUCCUUGAAUAUCCGUUAUUCAAAAAAGUUUGAUGUAAGAAAGCCUGAAACCUCUGAAAGAGGCAGAGUUGGUGGUAAGUGUUGGUAAAGGAGCAGAGAAAGGUGUUUAACUCACAUAAAGGACCAAAACACUCUUAUGAAUGGUGCAUACUUACAUGUGGGAAUCAUUCUAUAAAGGAGAGCACACAGGAUGGAGUCAAACACAAUAAGCACACAGCUUCUACAUAAUGCACAGCGAAGUCCUUUAGCCAGCGCCUUUGAAACUCUCCAUACAGAAGCUACUGUCUCCUUUCAGGCAUUCAUCACUCUCUAAGAGCUUAUUUUGCUAACUCUUAGCUUUAUUUUUUCCUCAGAUACAAACUCAGAAACAUGCUAUAUCUUUAUCAUAGCCUAUAUCUUCAUCAUCGUAGAUAUUUCACUUUUCUGCUACAGUGUAAAUUUAUCAUGUUUCAAGUUUUUGCCUUACUCAAUGAGCUUACAGUGAUUGCGACCUGCCUUUUUAGAUAUAUAUUCACUUUGAUAUGCAGAUCAUACCUUUUUGUAAAUAGCCAAAAGCUGCAAACGAUGUUGUAUCUUGUACAGUGUAAAGUUGGGUUAUUUGAAUAUUUUGUAAUAAAGACAAUAUUGGUGUAUAAAAUAACUAAUGAGUAUGGUUGGC